AUGGAACUGAGUGAUGCCAAUUUGCAGACUUUGACAGAAUACUUAAAGAAGACACUUGAUCCUGAUCCUGCCAUAAGGCGUCCUGGUAAACAGUUUAAAAAUAUGAAAUUUGAGCCUCCAUUGAAUGGUGUCUAGUGAUAGUUUGACCCAAAACAUUAUAAGAUCUGUUUAGUCAUUUUCUGGGUUUUUCAGAAUCAAUGGUGAUGGCCCAGAACAUGGUUUUUCAAACUGUUGGAACAACAUUCAUUAAUGAAAAAGAAAACUGCUUGAUUUUUUCAAUAUGUUCUUAUCUGAAGGAGCAGGCUGACUGAAAUCAGUAUUUGUCAAAAUGAGACCUCUUUUUACUUUCUGUCACUUUAAAUGCAGAUCAGUUGUGUGGGUGGGAUGGCUGACCCCUGGAAACCUCAUGUGACAGUUGGACAUACAUUCUUUUUAAAAAACGUUAGAAGGUCCAUCUGUAUGCUUUUUGAAUUGCAGUCACGUUACUGAUUAUUAAAUGCAAGUUGGCUUUAAUCUUCCUGCGAUCAAAACUGCAUGACGGAUCAGUGAAUACUUUCUGAGUCAUAUUAACUGUCCAUGGUUCCAUUCUGAAAUCUGCCUUUGAGGUGAUUGGGCAUGAUGCAAAGAGAGUAGGUUGCAUUGAAAUCUGAAAUCAGAUUUGAAGUUGAAGUGAACUGUUUAAGCACUUCAUGUCCCUUCAGCUUCAUUAGGCAUGCCGUACUUAUCUUGAUUGUACCCACAGUCUCACUCAGGAUAGUAAAUGUGAAUUCAGGGGGUCCUGCUUAGGCAAAGUAAUUGUGGAAAUCUCAAGAAAAACCAAACUAAUUUCAAAAAGACUAGAGGAGGGGCAAAUGUGUAUUUUGCACAUCUCUAUUUAUUAGCUGUUCAGAUAAAUUAGUGAUCUCUGCAUGCUUAUAUUUGAGUAAGCCCCAUUGAAUAUACUGGGAUUUGCUUCUGAAUAAAUAUCCGUUGAAUUGCAUUGAAGGUCAGGUCCACACUGUGCAGACCUCUUAGAAAGAGUCACUACUGGAGGUGCUGUUUUUGCCUAGUGGAAUUGUUGACUCCCCCCUCCCGCUUUUAACAGCAGAUCAGGCCAAAUCUCACACAGCUUAUGAAACUGCUCUCACAACAGGCUUGUCAUGCAUCAUGGAGAGCUUCUGUACAAGAAACAUUAAGUCUAAACAUCUGUUGGCUGUGUGGAACUAGUUAUGUGGUUCUUUGAAUCCGAAACAAUUUAUUAACACUGCAAAAGAUAAAUAAGUAAAUAUGUAUAAUAUUGGUGUUCAACUGUUAAAUUUUACAAAAUACGUAACUAUUUCAUUAAAUUACUUCCCAUCAGUUAAAUUGGGUCUUCCAGUACUAAUUCUUGCUGUGCAGUCUGCAUUUCUGGAAAACUUUCAAAAUACUAUAUGAGUCAAAGUUUUUCAGUAAAAUGAAGAGGAGAGGCUUAAUAUUUUUUGUCUCUUUGUUAUUCACAGUCAUAACAUUUAGGUUAAGAUGACAGUCCAAACUGGGCUACCUUUUCAGAAAUUGUGAAGAUACAGAAUUUAAGAGCAGCUUCCUGAUCUGCAUCAAAAAUGAUUUGCAGUUGCCAUAUUGCAGCUGUUUAAUAAUUGUGGGGUUGCAAGUACUGUCAUAGAAAUAUGAGGCGAUAUCCAACUAAGUCAUACUCUGUGUAAGUCAAGUAACAGUAACGGUAUUGAACAAGCUGGUUGUGACUAAAGUAAAUUGAUUUCAGUGGAUCUACCCUAAGUGUGGCUUACCAUCCAUUAAUAGCCAUUUCUUCACUGUAUCAUGCUAAACACUAGCUUGGUAUUGUAUUAAAUGGUGUUAAAUGUUUGGAGUUUAGACUGUGGAAUAGCUAACCUUUUUGCUAAAUUCAUUAUAUUUAAAUGUUUUAUAGCGGAAAAAUUCCUUGAGUCGGUUGAAGGAAACCAGAAUUACCCACUGCUACUUUUAACUCUACUGGAGAAGUCCCAAGAUAAUGUCAUCAAAGUCUGUGCCUCUGUCACAUUCAAGAAUUACAUUAAAAGGAACUGGAGAAUUGUAGGUAUUUUAUUUAUUACAAUUGUACUAUGAUAGUGUGUUUCCUUGUAAAGUAAGUGGUUAUGAAUAAAGUAAUGGGAACACUCGUGAACUAAGAUGCUGCAGGAUGAUUAUAGACAUCAGAUUUGGUAUUGUGGUAAGCUACUGAAGGGAAUACCAGGGACGUGGGUGGUGCUGUGGUCUAAACCACAGAGCCUAGGGCUUGCCGAUCAGAAGGUUUGUGGUUCGAAUCCCCACGACGGGGUGAGCUCCAGUUGUUCGGUCCCAGCUCCUGCCCACCUAGCAGUUUGAAAGCACAUCAAGUGCAAGUAGAUAAAUUGCCAGAAGCGGCUUAGUCAUGCUGGCCACAUGACCCGGAAGCUGUACGCCGGCUCCCUCGCCUAUAGAGCGAGAUGAGCGCCGCAACCCCAGAGUCUGCCACGACUGGACCUAAUGGUCAGGGGUACCUUUACCUUUUACCCAUAAGGCUACCUUUAGAAACAGGUAUCUAUUCUUCCAGAACAACAUACUAUUAGUACACUUAUUUACUGAAGGGAAUAGUGAUUUUGUAUCUGAAAUCCCAGGUUAACAGUUUCUUUGGUUGCUUUGCUAGUUGCAAGGAUCCACACAUUUGGACUUGCUUUACUAGCCAAUCCUUUAUUGGUGUCCUUCAUUGUCUCCUCCCUUCCCCAAGUUCUGUGGCACCUACAAAUAACUUGAGAAAGGUACGGAUGAUGGUGCUUGAAUUUGGCUUUUGCAGAAAACAUUACAAAUGCCUUGUUGUUACUAUCUUCUGCAAAUGAGCUGUGGAAAGAAAAAUGAGAAGUAGAGUAAAAAAGAAUAAUUUUUUCUCUCUCACAGUCAGGAUUUUUGAGACAGUACAGUGAUCUUGAUAGAUGAGAAAUAGUUCUUACUGGUGAACUGUUGAAUGAAUUUAUUAUACUUCCUACCAUGUUACCCUUUUCUGAUUUGGUUACUUUCAUUAGAAUUGGUGUUUUAAUUUUUAUAACUUUGAACUGUAUCUGCUUCAGAUCUUCCAACUAUUGAUACUAAUUCAUUGCAACAGGAAAUUAGGACACUUAAUCACAACUGAAUCAAAUGGUCCACUUUGAGGUUAAUAUUUAUUAUUUUGAGGAUGUUCCAGAAUCUGCUUUAAGGGCUUGUACUUGGUUACUCUUCAGGUGCUUUCUCAGCAAUGGGUUUAAAACGUUGAAAAAUAACGUCAUAUAAAUAGUUAAAUCAUAAAUUUGGAGAAGUAUCAUUUUUACAGCUGCAGUUAUUGGCACAGAAUCAGGAAUUGGGAAGGUAGCUCCUUUCUCAUGGAGCAUUUGAACCUGUGAAGAUGAUAACUGAAGCAGCGGGGGUGGAGUGGGGAGGCUGUUUCGGGAAGCUUUUAAUGUUUGAUGUAUUAUAGUAUUUUAAUAUUCUUUUGGAAGCCGCCCAGAGUGGCCGGGGAAGCCCAGCCAGAUGGGCGGGGUAUAAAUAAUAAAUUAUUAUUAUUAUUAUUACUAUAAGCCGGCAGUGGAUGCUGCACCAUGGCAACCCCUGCAGUUGCUGUUUAGUUUGAUGAUGGAGAACACUGAUGCAGUGACCAGAUUAUUUCAGAUGGAAGUGGAAACAGAGCACGAAAUGGAACUCUGCUUCCUGGUGUCAGCAAAUUCCACCCAUCUCGCCUGAUGCAUCCACAUGCCAGUAUGUAGUGUUUACAGCUGAGCUGUUGUGAUGCAACUGGUUGUGGUCUAUUGUCUGUCUGAUUGGCGGUAUGCACAGGAAAAUAUUUCCUGGGCCCAACAUAUUUCAGAAUAAAUGUGUAGCGUUUGCUUUUUCCUGAAAGCUUACAACUCAGCCAAUGCACUUGCUGCAAAAAUGCAAGUAUCUCGAGAUGUUAUGAUACUAGCUCAACUAACAUUUUGUUCCUAGAUUGAAGAUGAACCAAACAAAAUAUGUGAAGCCGACAGGAUAGCCAUCAAAGCCAACAUAGUACAUCUAAUGCUUAGCAGUCCAGAACAAAUUCAAAAACAGGUGAGGUGACAGUGAAGUAAAAAAACAGAAUUCUGCUUAUUUCAACAGGGAAUUGUUUUGUGCUGGGAAACUGAUUGUGUUAAUAUAUGAAUUUUUGUUUUAAAGUGAGAAGCAAUAGAUACAUCUAAGGGCGGAUGAGUUGCUUUGUUUCUGGUUUGUGUCAAUUUCACGCAUGUUGGUUCACAAAUCUGUCUAUAACCUGAAAAAAAAAUCAGUAUGAAAAUUGGUUUUUAAAUAUCUUACCCUAAAAUAAGUGAUUUUUGUGCAUUUUGGUAUGUUGUUUUGAGUUGAGAAUUGUAUUACAAAAUUCAGGGAAGUGUGAAAUCUGAAGGAUAAGUUUGCUCCGAUUUGUAUUGGUAUUAUUAAUAUGUAUUCCUACUAUUCAUAUUAUAUGUAUCUUAUACGUAAAGAAGGGAAGCUGCUAUUAAGUUUUUUAAUGGAAAUAAGAUGAAACCUGCAUUAACAUUUCAGAAGUGUUGGGUUUUUCCCUUCUCAGUUGUAGCAAACGUAGCUGAUAUGGUGAAGAUAAAACAUGUGAUUACAGAUGUGCCAUUGAAGCCAUGGGUGGGAAUCCUAUGAGAACAUUUGGACAGAUUUUAAAACCCACGAAAUAGUUAGGCAGUGUGUGAAACUACCCCAGUAUGCCAGCUGAAUUUCCCAUAUGCAGUGUCUUGUUCUAGUUUGAUAUCCAGGGUGAGUGGGGAAAACUAAAUAGUCCCACUAGUGCAAUAAUUUCUGCUUGAGCACUGAAACUUCUCUCUCCUUGCCCCCCAUGCACCUCCCCAGUUUGCUGUAGAUGGUCAAGGGAACCCCCAUAAAAGAUUUGAAGGGUUGGGAGGGUCAGGGAGAAGAGAAGGAGAAGAAAUUCAUUUUAACAGCCAAAAGUCCUUGCCCUAGUGGAUCUAUUUAGUUGGAUAGAGUAAAAGUGGCAUAUUCUUAAGGCAAAAUGAGCCAGGACACCGAAUGUGAGUCUGCCACUGAAAAUGGUAGCUGUACAUGCAAUUCGCCCUCCAUAGUAUCUUGUACCACUGUCAUGAUUUCACAUGGUCCACUGUCCCAUCAUGCUGCCACUGACAGUAGGGUGGGGAAGGGGGAAAAGUUGUGGUAUCAUGAAUAAGAUCUGCUAGAUACUGCAAAGAGGAUCAGGGAGGUACACAUGCACCUGCUUUUGUCACUGGCAGUUGCAUACUUAACAUGUAGAAAGCCUGUCUUGAGUUAACUGUAAGGUGGUUGUUUAUCUUCAUGCAAAUAUCUACAUAAUGUUUCUGUCUCUCUCUGUCCUAGUUAAGUGAUGCUAUCAGCAUAAUUGGUAGAGAAGACUUCCCUCAGAAAUGGCCUGAUCUGCUAACGGAGAUGGUGAAUCGCUUUCAGAGUGGAGACUUCCAUGUUAUUAAUGGAGUUCUUCGUACAGCACAUUCUUUAUUCAAAAGGUAGUGGGUGAAGGCCAUGAAUUUCCAAGUUCUGUUUUGAAAGUAAAAGCACUCUGUUCUAGCAAUAAUGCCUUUCAACUGCUAACUUCUUUCUUUUGCUUGGCUCAAGUUUUCAAAUUCAUAGAAAAUGAUCACGCAAAUUAAAUAGCUCUGAUUUCCUUCAUUUGUCAGGUAUCGUCAUGAGUUUAAAUCAAAUGAACUGUGGACAGAGAUCAAACUUGUUCUUGAUGCUUUCGCACUUCCCUUGACAAAUCUCUUUAAGGUACAGUGUUGUAUUUGAAAUAUGGAAUUGAUUUAUAUACCUUCUGUUGUGGGAGUCACAAAGCCACGGUAAAGGCUUGUAAUAUUGCAGGGUGCCCCCUGACCUUGGCUGACCAGCACUCUGAGCUUUACAAUGUAUUGGAAUGUAUUGGAGCUGUGUUUCCUCUGGGCAGUGAUUAACCUUAUAUGGUUUGUGGGUGGGUAAAAGCCUUGACCGGAUGAGGUAACGUGAGACACUGGCAAACAGCCAUGUGGUUGGAGAGAGACAAAGAAGGGAUAAUAAAAGUAACUGCAGGAGGAGAGGGAGGAAAAGGGAGCUGCUCCUACCAUCAUGAAAAUAUUGCUGGCUCUCUGUGUCAUAAUUAAAUGCUAAACUUCGCCACUUUGUCACGGCUGGCUCCGACAAGUGGUGCCCCGUGUGAGGCAGAAUAAAAGAAUACGUCUGAGGACUAAGAAGAGGCAACUUAAAGAAAACAGUCUGAGGCAGACUGAGGCUUUUAAAAGGAAACCGUGUGAGGUUUAUCGAUCCUAGCAAAGGAUAUCAUCGGCUCACUACGCCCGGCCAGGGUUUCAAGCGCUAUUCAUCUUAAAAAGAUCCCGGUGAGUCCGAUCCCUUUUCAUCUUAUUUUAUAUAUUGAUUUUAGAAAAAUGGGCAGCUCUUUGUCUGCUCCCCAACAGAAAUUUUUAAAAGACUUAAAAUUUCUCCUCUCCUCCAACAAAUUGGAAGUUCCGGAUGGUGAUUUAAUCCAGCUCAUUCUGGCUAUUGGAGAGCAUUCCCCCUGGUUUCCUGCAGAUGGGACUUGGGAAUUAAAACUUUGGGACAAGAUUGGGGAACAUUUUCAUGGGCACCCCAGCAUAAGUGUUCGGAUUUUAAAUGCAUGGUGCAAGGUUCGUUACGCCAUGGACUCUUUAUCACCAAAAAAUAUCUCCAUGGCUGCAUUGCCAACACAACCUUCAGCUUCUUUAAUUCAGCCUGCUGUGUUAGAGACUGUUCCAAUACUCGUUUUGCCAGCAGAUCCAGACCCCAAACCUCCAGACUACAGUUCCUCACCUGAGGACCCAAUCCUGCAAAAAUACAGUGGUCUGGCUGGCAAUGAUCCUAAUCUUUCAGUGGCAGAACCAGCUACUCCUUUUCAACGUGCAGUCCUUGGCUGUUCCUUAAUUCAGGAUACUAUGGCAUUCCCUGUUAUUGUGCCCCCUGCUGGUGCCCCGGCAGGCACCCAAGCCCAACACCAACCUUUUGACUUUAAGAUCUUGAAAGAGCUGCAACAGUCAGUAAAGGCCAAUGGACUCCAAGCCCCAUAUAUGCAGGCGCUUUUAGAAGCCACAUUAGCCCAGCUCUUGGUUCCAGAGGACAUAAAGCUUUUGGCCCAUACAGUGUUGCCCCCAUCAGCUGGUGUUUUGUUUGCCCACGAAUGGGAAACUGCCUGCCGUGCUUAUGCUCCAGCCUUGUUACAACAAGUCAGAGGAAAUAAUCCAAAUGUUACCCUCGCAGACGUCUUAGAUGCCAUGUUGGGGCGUGGUCCCUUCGCUCAAGCUUCAGUGCAAGCCACACUGCUGCAAAUCUUAUUGAGGGACACUGCUCUUGCUGCUAAACAAGCAAUGAGAAAAAUCCCAGAACCCACCAGUAUUCAAUCAAGGUGGGGUUCAAUCAGGCAAGAGGCAAGAGAAUCAUAUUCUUCCUUUAUGGACAGGCUGCUUACAGCAGUGAGUCGCCAAAUUGAAAAUCCUGAAGCCAAACAAAUAAUUAUCAAACAAUUGGCCUUUGAAAAUGCCAAUGAGGAUUGUAAACUUGCAUUGCGACCGAUAAUACACAAUCCUGCCACAGACACAGCAGCCAUGCUUCGCAUUUGUCAGUCUGUCGGUGCAGCCACCCACAAGGCUUAUCUGCUGGCAGCAGCGCUAAAUGAAAACCAGCCUGUAGCCACCGAUACAACUUGUUUCCAGUGUGGCAAACCAGGAUCACUGAUACCCCAGGGGGGGUAGAACAGUGGCCUCUACCAAAAGAAAAAUCCGCAGCAGCGGCACCAGCUAUCUCUGACCAGCUUAUUUCUGAACAAUUGACUUUCGGCCACAUUGAACCAUCUUCAUCCCACUGGCUCCAGCAGACAGGGAACAGUUUGCUUUUACAUUGCCAGUGUAUAACAAUUCGCAGCCCACCCAGCGAUAUCAGUGGAUUUUCCUGCCUCAAGGCAUGCGGAACUCCACUACACUUUGUCAACAUUUUGUGGGUGAAGCAUUGAAACCUUUCCACAUGCGCCACCUAGAGGUGCUGCACACAAACUGCAUCUGGCAGUGUUUGCCUUCCUAACCAUUUGCCUUGCCAUCCUUUGCUGCACCUUUAUACAAGGAAGAGAAGCAGACGACCAGUCCAAUUGAAACCACCAUAAUUCACCUCAUCGGCUGGGAAGCAGCUGUCGUCAGCUUCCUACUCUGGCUGGCAGUAUCCACGGCUCAGCCACUUUCGAACUAGAAGAACAGCGUUGUCGAAUAAGACUUUUAGGGGAGAAAAUUAUCAUAAGAUAUGGAGGGAUAAUAUUUUUGUACAAGAUAUGAUUAUGUUUGCCAGUUUAUUGCAUGCUUCUAAAUGUUGGGUGUGUAUGCCAGUCAUUCAGGCAAAUGCUUCAUGGUGUGCCUGUCAAUGGAUCUUUUCAAUUUACUAAUAUUAUAUCCCCUAAGCAAACCUUUUGGCCUCCAGUACAAUUGACCCUCCAUGAGCCUGCCCCCAUUUAUUUUCAAAUUAAGGAGGGGAAAGAAUCAUGGGGCAUAUAUCCAAACUGUCAAUAUACAUUGAAUUUCACUUUUAAUAGCUCUUGUUCUCUUACAGGAAUAUACAGUGACCAAUCUCAGUGCUAUAGAAGUGACACCAGUGCAUGGCUAUUAAACUAAAAGGAAGCCUACCAUGCAGCUUGGAAUCAGAAUUCUUAUAUUCUUGGCUUCCGGAUUUUAGUGAUCAUUAUAGUAGUUAUUGAUUUUAGUGAUCAUUAUAGUAGUUAUUUGUGUUAUUUUGUGUUGCUGUAUCCAAUGUAUUCUUUCUAUAAUCUCUAUAUGUACUGCAUGGUUCUCCAGUCCGCGGCCCGCUUCCGGUGUCAAAGAGUUGCUUAUCGCGCUCGAUAUAUCGCGUAUUGACUCUGAUAUAAAGUAAAGAAAGAGGGAAUGUGGGAGUCACAAAGCCACGGUAAAGGCUUGUAAUAUUGCAGGGUGCCCCCUGACCUUGGCUGACCAGCACUCUGAGCUUUACAAUGUAUUGGAAUGUAUUGGAGCUGUGUUUCCUCUGGGCAGUGAUUAACCUUAUAUGGUUUGUGGGUGGGUAAAAGCCUUGACCGGAUGAGGUAACGUGAGACACUGGCAAACAGCCAUGUGGUUGGAGAGAGACAAAGAAGGGAUAAUAAAAGUAACUGCAGGAGGAGAGGGAGGAAAAGGGAGCUGCUCCUACCAUCAUGAAAAUAUUGCUGGCUCUCUGUGUCAUAAUUAAAUGCUAAACUUCGCCACUUUGUCACGGCUGGCUCCGACAUUCUGUGUAAUGUAUUUUUUUAACUUCACAGCCAACAUAAAGCAUUUUAUGUUGACUAUUAUGGAGUUCCUACUUUUGUCCUAGCUGCUGCGAUAGUCAGAUAUAUAAGGUGAAGAAGAUAAAGUUUGAACUAUAAUCUUCCAUGCUUACUCUGUCUGUUCUUAAAGAGGAUGUGUUAGCACCCUAUAAUAUGCUGUUUAUUAAUAACUGCAAUAAUUGAUGCUAAAUUAAGAUGUUUUUAUUAAAACAAUGCUACUGGUGUUCAGACCUCUGUUUUUUAGGCUGUGCCUUUUUGUUUUGUUGCUUUUAUAUUUUAUUGAUGUUUUAGCUUAUCUGGUUUUGUACAUAUAUUGUGCUUUUAAUAGAAAAGAGAAAUUACAUUUAGUUGAAUUUGGAUGAGAGGCAUGAAUUUGUGGCAUCAGUGAGCUUUCACAGAAGUGGAACAGCAUUGGCAAGUGUCUGAAUAGAUUUUGUUGGUGAUUGCUAUUAAAAUUGCUCUUUUCCAGGCCACAAUUGAGCUUUGUAGUACUCAUGCAAAUGAUGUCAGUGCUUUGAAAGUACUCUUCUCAUCUCUGAUUCUGAUUGCUAAGCUGUUCUACAGUUUAAAUUUUCAGGUAAGCCAUCUUUUACAUGCUCUUCUAGUGGAUAGUUCUGAUCCUGCAAGCAACUUUCUGUAUAGGAGCAAUUUCACUGAUGGAUAACUGCGUGAUUAAAAACCUCGGUGCUGCUAGCCAAAAUUCUUGAUGGGUUUUGGAGAUGCUAGAGUGUUUAAAAACGCAAGUAUCUGGCCAAAUGUCAGUGCUCCAUAAGUGUGCUAGGAUAAGUUGUUUGUUAGAGCUUUAACAAAUCUAAAGUAAUGUGCAUGUAACCUUUUAGUAUAAGAAGCUUGGCUUUUCAGAUUUGGAUUCAGCGCUGAUUAUUUUUGGUAAGACUGGAUUUGAUCAAAGGUUGUGUCAGGAGACAAAAGAACAGAGGGAACGAUAGCUGUUGACAGACAGAACCUCUCAAAUUUAGGGGUAAUAAACCUACUUAAGUUUAAUUAAGUCAAAGGAAAGGUGGGGGGUGCUUGUUUUUUACUCUUCAUAGGCAUAAUGGUAGGCCAGUAAAUAAAGAAGCAGGGCUUACAUGCAUCUGUUACUAAGACUAAUGUGGUCCACAAUGACCCUUAAUUCUGGGAACCCUGGGUGAGCAAAACGGAUCUGACACAAUAGGCUGCAGUUCCAUUGCCUUGAAGCACUGUCAAGCCGUAAAGCAAGCUGGUUGUUACACAGCUCCUGCUAUGCUGAUUGAAAACUGAGGAGAAGGUUGAUGAGCUACACACGUUAAAAGCUACAGAGAAAUUGACUUGGUUUGUGUCUCUUGGGCUUUGGAUUUCCUUUAGCAGUUGAAAAUUAUGUUUCAUACCUUCUCUUGUUUUUUAAAAAAAAGUAAUGUGGUGAUUCUGUAUUUCUUUGAGCAGGUUGCAUGCCAAUAUAGACAGGAAAGUAUGCUUCUUAAAUAAGCAAUUACCUAAUAGAAAAAUAACUACGGAUGUGGAUCUACUUCUCUAUUUUGUAGGAUCUUCCUGAAUUUUUUGAAGAUAACAUGGAAACCUGGAUGAUGAAUUUCCAUAAUCUUCUAACUUUGGAUAACAAACUCUUACAGACAGAUGUAAGUAGCAACAUAAAAGUGGGAUAGAGAAGCUGUUGCUCUCCAGAUGUUGCUAGACUAAAACUCAUCAUCCCUGAUUGUUGGUCAUGCUGGCUGAAUUUGAUGGAGUCAACAAAAUUUGGAGGGUCACAGUUUCCUCUUCUCUGGCAUAAAACCUUUUGGAAAAUUUCUGUGUAAUGGGAAAGGGAAUUCAACACUCCACUUGAGCUGCCAAAAAGAAGCUUUCCUGGGUUCUGAACAGGACACUGAAAUUGCAGUAGCUCAAGUAAUUCUGAUUUUUGUCAUUCUCUUGGAGGGAAAUUGUGCAGCCAGUAUAGGAAAAAUUAAAGGUAGAUGGUAAUUUUCUCAAAUAAAAAAUUGUGUCCCUUUGUAUAACAUAUCAUAGCACUGGGUACCACUAUGUUGAUAGUGGUAAUUCUCUUGUCAUGGUCAUAUGUGAUGACUGGGCAAUGAGAAAUUGGCUUUGGAAGAGGGAAAUGCUACCAAGCCUGCCCUCGGAUGAGCAUCUAGUUAAUCUGACCUCACUUUCUGUUAGUGUUUGGGAACAUUUCUCCAGCCAGACUAGGAUUUUGGCUUUGGGCAACACAAACUACUUUUUCAAGACAUGGGGAAUUGCUUGGCUGAUUUUGGAACCCAGUUGGGACUUUUACCCUAGAUGAUGCCCUUAGGCAUGUGUUAUUGUCCCGUUUUCAUCCCCUGAGCCUCCUGACCAUCCUGCUCUCCUCCUGCCCUCCAAAUCCCCUCCUUUCAUUUACUUUACUUGCUGCUUUGGCAGAUGUCAGGGGUACUAGGAGACUACAUUUUCCAAAUACGUUGGUGGUGCUUCUUUUUUAUGGCCAGGAUGAAGAGGAAGCUGGUCUGCUAGAGCUUUUGAAAUCCCAAAUUUGUGACAAUGCAGCUUUGUACGCCCAAAAAUAUGAUGAAGAAUUUCAGCCUUACCUGCCCCGUUUUGUCACAGCAAUCUGGAAUUUAUUAGUCACAACAGGGCAAGAAGUUAAAUAUGAUUUGGUAAGUGACUCUUUUCCAUCCAGCUUGAAAUAAAUGAACCUUUUUAAGGUCUUCUUCAGAUUAUGCUCAUUUCGUGUCUUUCCCCCCGCAGUUGGUAAGUAAUGCAAUCCAGUUUCUAGCUUCGGUUUGUGAGAGGCCCCAUUAUAAGCACCUGUUUGAAGACCAGAAUACACUGACAAGUAUUUGUGAAAAAGUCAUUGUUCCCAACAUGGAAUUUAGAGGUAAAUAUUUCUUUUCUUAAAAAUCUUGAUUAAAAUUUUCCAGGAAAGCAAAAAUUGAGUUUUUAACAAUGAGGGCUUUAGAACUGGCACAGUAGCCAAGUAAUGGACUGUAUUUGUGGCCAUUUGCGUUCAAGAGGUUUGCAGCAUGGUUUUGCGAGGCAUUUUCUGUUCUGCACUCUCAGAACUGCACUUCCCUUAAAUAUAUAUGUAAUAUGUAUGUCCGUCAGAGUUGGGGAACUUCUGUCACUCCAGCUGUUGUUGGACUGCAACUCCCACUAUUUCUGACCAUUGGUCACGCUGGGCGGGGCUGAUGGGAGUUGGGAUUCCAGCAGUAUCCAGAGGGGUACAGGUAUCCCAUCCCAUCAUGAGUGACUGAAGUAACUCACCAGUUUGGAAGAGUUGAGUUCCUCUUCCACCAGUGUUUCUAGCUCAGUUUAAUCUGAGUGUAGUACACUGCUUUUACAUUAAUUGGAUUUUCCGCUGUCUCUGUCAUGAAGUGGUUCAUACGUAAUGCCAAAGAAAGUUUUUGUACUGAAAUGAAUCUUUCAGUAUCUCAAACUGAUUUCCUGUCUUAGUUUGCUGGGCCAAGUACAAGCUAUAAUUUUGGCAGUUCAGAUGAAAUGGUAAAUCGUAGUUUGCCUCAGAUGAUGAAAGAAGUCAGGGAAUCAUCAUGUCUAAGAAGAGGCUGCUUCAAAGCUUGUUGUUAAAGAUUUGGCUUUAUGUCUGAAGCAACCCAACGGUGAAAAUCCCCAGCUACUCCAAGCUAUCCUCAAUAUUUUGUCAUACAGAGAUAUACAUUGGUUGUGAUCAGGAUCUAAAGAGCAUCUCAUGCCAAUGGAAUCUUUUACUUUUUGCCUUUGAAGACUAAUGCUAUACCAUAAGCUGCUGCUUCUGGAAAUCUCUCUGUUUCAAAACUAAUUUGCUGUGCAGUAUGGUGCAGGGUUGCUAUUUAAAGGAGGAGUAAACACCAUGCAUGGUGUUAUGAAAAUAGUUCCACAAUGCAAUUUGGACCCUGGCCUGAGUAUUCUAGAUGAGAACUUUAUUUACUACUCUCAUUUAAAAUACUGAUGGUUCACGAACUCCCAUUGCCUUGAUCAUGGUACCUUCAUAAAAUAGAGCCCAAUAAUAGGUGAUUUAAAUUUAUUUACAAGCAUAUGCUAUAUUAAAAUAAAUGUAGUUUGUAUAUCAUGGCUGAUCCUUUACAUGUUUGUGGACUGCUUUUCUGCAGCUGCUGAUGAAGAAGCCUUUGAAGAUAAUUCUGAAGAAUAUAUCAGAAGAGAUUUGGAAGGAUCUGGUAAGCAGUUCUAUACUGGGUGUAUAAUGGCAUUUGAGAACUGAUGCAGUUUUCAGAAGUGUUGACAUGUACAUGCAUUAAUUGUCUUCCCUUGAAUAGGCAUGCAGUUCUUCCCUUUGGGAUUCAAAUACGUAAUGGUGUGGGUUUUUGCGCUUUUCCUGUGAUUCCAUGGAUGAGCACAUUUGUUGGCUAUUGGGGGUGGGGGUUCAUCUGACAAGCCUUAAGGCAAUUUUGCUUGCUUUAAGGGUUACUUGUUUUUGUCUUGCUUUUUAGAAGUUGCUGGUGUAUUACUGCAACACUAGGAGGACUAGCACUACAUCAGAUUAAAUGGUUGUUGCACCUUAUUUAUCCAGUGCCUACAGCCUUCUCCUACUGAAAGCUCAGCCUCCACUCCUGAGUUACUCCAAACAGUUCUCUAUGAAGUUCUUCUUUACCCCAGCCAGAAUUUUCUUCUUGUAGCUUUUCACACCCUCUCUUCUAAUAUAUAGUCUGUUUCUAUGGAGUACCAAAGAAGCAGAUGCAUUUGGGUUGAGUGCUUCACAUACUUUUUACUCAGCAGUCUCAGUUACAUAUGUGCACACUUGGAAUUUAAAACCCAUUGAACUCUGGGACUGAGAGUUUCUUCUGAGCCUUUGAGGGACACAUGUUGCAGGGAGCAGUCAUUUUUAGUGAACCAUUUGUUCCCCUUGUGAUCUUAAAUUGCUGACUGUGUCAGGAUAAGUUUUAUAGGAUCCUAAACUAUCCUUUAAAUAGUCCCAAAAUUCUUCUGAAUGUUAUUUUACUUGUGUUUUGAUGCUAUGGCCCUGCAGUUUUUGCUUUCAUUUAUAUUCAUGAGAAUCAAUAUUUUGGCAGAUUUUGUAAUUCUGCAUUCCUUAAUACCACUAGCAUGAUUUUUAUGAAUAAUAAUAGAGAAGCCUAUUUUAGCAAAUUGCUCUGUCCCUGAAGCACAGCAGGGCGAAUCCAAUUUAGCCGUUUUGCAAGCAGAGCUUCAAAAUGAAGAAACAUUGUUUUAAUAUAACCCAUAAUGCAUCUUGUUUUUAUCUCUGCCUUGCAGAUAUUGAUACCAGACGUAGAGCAGCCUGUGAUCUUGUAAGAGGGUUGUGCAAGUUUUUUGAAGGACCUGUUACUGGGAUCUUUUCUGGUUACGUUAACUCUAUGCUGCAAGAGUAUGCAAAGAAUCCAUCUGUCAACUGGAAGCAUAAAGAUGCUGCUAUUUACCUUGUAACAUCUUUGGCAUCGAAAGCUCAGACACAAAAGGUACUUGUUUGCAUCACAGGGUACAUAAGUUGAAUACCCAUCCAGACCCGUUUCCUUGGGGAGAAGAACCAUUAUUUAAUAGUAAGCACUCCGUGGAAGAGCUUUCUUCACAGUAAUGACAUGUUUAUGACCCACAGACUUUUAGAUAUAUAAAAUUGACUUUGGAAUAGUUUAUAUAGAGUAGGUCAACCCAUGAGCAAAAUUUGGUAUUUGCCCUGGGACCAACCACUGCAGUCACUGCUUCCAAUUUUGUUGCAUUCCCAUGCAUGCCUUCUUGGAAGUAUGCUAAUGUAAGUGUUCAAGGAUUGGAUUGCUAUGGUUUAACAAUCUCUUCUAGGCUUGGCAGAAUGUUGGGGUGGGGACUUCAGCACUUGAUGUAAAUAUAAGAGGUGGGACAUAUGGAAAAAAAAGUUUCAGAACAGUGGCCCAGCUUUAUAAUUUUUGGUGUUUUGGGGAUAGCCAUGUGCUGCUCUGUUAUCUCGAAUGGGAAUUUCCAUUUUACCAACAAUUGAAAUUAGAAGUACUGAUUACAUUACUUCACAGAUUUAGAGCACCUCUACAAUAAAAACCUAAAUUGACUUAACAAUCAUGAGCAUAUGGAGAAUUAGCUUUUUUCAGGACUAUUAUUAUGUUUGCAAUAUAGGCUGUUUCUAUCAAAGUUGUGUUUUUUACAUUUUAGAAGACAUGGCAUAAAAUGUAUUGUGGUUAACCUACCUUUCACUUGCACCUUUCAUAACUAUAUUAGAUAUCUGAAAUAGGCUAACCUAGUAUCCUAUAAGUAGAAUGUAAGAGUACUCAUUCCUUCUCCCAUUCACAAUCCAAUGCUUGAAGCCAAAGUAUAUACAAUGAAAUCUUACAGAAAUUGCCAGAUAUCAUUCACAUGCAAACUUCAUUAGUGUGUAAAUGGGAGCUUCUAUAAACCAGUCCAGCAAUUAAUAUUGUUUAUGUUUUUUUAUCACACUUUUUUCAUCCUAGCAUGGAAUAACACAAGCCAAUGAACUUGUAAACCUGACGGAAUUCUUUGUGAAUCACAUUCUACCAGACCUGAAGUCUCCUAAUGGUAUGCUUAGAAUUCUAUAUUAAACAUCUGUAACACCAAUAAAUGUAAACGAACAUGGGAAUAAUUUUGGAUCUGUGUUGUUGUGUCAUGCAGGGAAGACAUGGGCAUAGAUAACUAAAACAGUCAUAAGAUCUCUUUAAUUUCUUACCAGGUUUUAGUGGAUUGCCUUGUAUAUUGUAUUUUUGUAGAUGCACACCUGGUAUUGGUGGGCAAACUGUCCAAGAUCUUGGAAAGCCUCUGCCACUCAGAGUGGCCUGGGGUGCAGAACCCUUAUCGGCUGAAGAUUAUCAAAGCAACCUUUCAGGGGCCACAUGCAAGUGGUGGGCAGGGCCAACGACAAAAGUGGGCAGAGCAAUGAAUGCAGAUUUUGCCUUUAUACAAUAAACUAGUUUGUAUGCAUGUCUCACACUCCUCUCUGUCCUCUGUGUAGGCAAGCAAGAGCCAUUAUCGGAGUUCAUGGGCACAUUCCAACCAGGGGGAGAGGGAAAAGUUGGGGAGGGGUGUGGCUUGUGUACAGUGCCAGGACCUGUCAAGGUGGACCAGUGUUCUGACAUAGUAGAAGACGGCUUCCUGUGUUCUUCAUGUGGGUCCAGAAAUUGAGGAUGGCUGGAGUUAUUUUUUUGAAGUUGGGUGGGGUAAUGGGUAUGGGGACAGAACAAAGGAGAGCCAAGUGAAGAGCAUUUUUGUGUGUGUGUCAUUCUGCAAUCUUGUCUCUCCUUAAGCUUGAGACUGUCAGUGGGAAUCUUUAUUCUGUUGAUAAAUUGUGGGAAUAUGCUGUGAAAUUUGAGGGACUUUGAACUUCUAUUAUAUAUCUAAUUUUGUCCAUAUGGUAACCGCAUAAGUAACUAGUAUUAACUUUUUGGCAGUGAAUGAGUUUCCUGUGCUUAAGGCUGACGGUAUCAAGUACAUCAUGAUUUUCAGGAACCAAGUAAGUUGUAUCAUCAUUCAGAGUUCUUAACAUCCAGCUGAAAUUGUUUGAUAGACUAUUUUUUGUGUGGGAAAAAUACUGCAAAUGGUGUACCUAGAACUGUACUAAUUGUUUCACAAUGUGGUAUCAGUACUUCUGGAAAAUAACAUAAAUUAUUUUAGGGUACCCCACCCCCCAUUUUAAAACCUCCAAUUCUGAAAAAGUUACAGUAUACAGAUGACAAAACCCUUUCCCUGGAAUCCAGUGAACAGAUCAUAAUUGAUUUGGGGAAGAUUCUCUAAUUUCAUACUUUAUGUUUCUUAGAACAGGUACAGAAAGUGCUCCUGUUUUCGUGUGUGUGAUAUCUUUUAAAGUCUUCAGCUAUGCAAUCUUCUAAUAUGCAAAAUAUUCCAAAGGUCCAUGGGACAGCACCCUGGGGACCAUAGGAUUUCAUGAGCCUCAGUUUCUGUGGCCUCCUGGAAACCUCUUUGUUGUGGCUGCAGCAGCCUCCAAGGCUGUCCCUCUACUAUCAGUGAUUUGGCAGUAAGGAGGUAAAAAGGGACAUGUUAGGGGCACAUGAAAGAGAGGCUUGGGGUCCAUAGGCUCCAAAGAUCUCUUGCUUCCCCAGCAAGGGAGGGGGAAAUUGCUGGCUCUAGAGCUGCUGUGCUUGUUUUUCCUCCCCCACACCCAACACACACGGUGUCUGCAGUUGCUGCUGGCAGUUCUUCCCUCACAGAUUCCCCCACCCACAUUGAAUUGCUGUGGCUAGGAACUCUUACUUGACCCAUGACCUUGGUUUAAUAGAAUAUGCACAGUAAUUUUUAAAAAAGCUUAAUACAGGUAUGGCUGCACAAUGUAUAUAUACCUCAUGCAGGAAAGUUACAGUGGUCUGCUUAUAUAACAAUUGCAAUGACCAAAACAUUGUAAUAACAGAUGGAAUGUUUCAGUCCAUUGUUUCUGACCUAAUUCUUCCAAAACUGCUUGGUACUUGCUUCUAAAGCAUUUUUACUUGUGUCUAUUUUGUAGGUACCCAAAGAACAACUAUUGGUGUCUAUUCCUCUCCUAAUCAAUCAUCUUCAAGCAGAAAGCAUUGUAGUUCAUACUUACGCAGCCCAUGCUCUUGAAAGGUUAUUUACAAUGAAAGGAGCUAACAACACUACACUGUAAGUUUAUGUUUAGGUAUAUAUAUGUUACACUCAUCUAUUCAUUGAUUUCUUGCCGCUCUGGCUAUAUCCCUCACUGUAUAUGUAGAAUCCUAAAUUGAUAAAACCACACAUGUGUAUUUAUUAUGCUAGUUCUUUCAUUUUCUAAAACCAGAGUUUUUAGCUGAUUUCCAAGUUGACUGUGCUCCAGAGGCACUUGAAAAUGAGUUGGCCUUCUCCAUCUCUCUGUCCCUUGCACUGUCAUACUCUAGGAUUUCAUAUGUUCUUGCAUUCCCUCUGGUGUCCAUUCAGGAUUGGUAAGACUCUCCAAAGUAGAGGAUCUUGAUGAGUCAUUGGAAAAACAUUGGUGAUAAUCAAACACUCUUUUCCUCUACAGGAUUACGGCUGCAGAGAUGGCACCAUAUACAGAAAUGCUGCUAACAAACCUUUUCAAAGCACUGACACUUCCAGGGUCAUCAGAAAAUGAGUAUAUUAUGAAAGGUAAGAGGCUACAUUUAUUAGUCCAAAUAGUUACCCUCAAAUUUAAACCACUUUUUCUAUCUUAGAGGUUCUCCCAUUAGUAUUUUUGAAUGCAGUGCUACGUGCCUAUAUAAAACUUAAUAAACAAGUUCUUAUCUUGGAUGCAACCUACAAGAUCUAGUAUUUUUAUGCAAGGAAAAAAAGGUAAUGUUAAGCUUAAUGUUGCUGUUGUUUCUGCAUUCAGUAAUAUAAAUCUCUGAAUUUCCAGCUAUCAUGAGAAGCUUUUCCCUACUUCAGGAAGCCAUAAUUCCCUACAUCCCUUCUCUCAUCACUCAACUCACACAGAAACUGCUUGCUGUCAGUAAGGUAAAAAAGAAGAUACUAUUGCUUUCUUCUGUUCCCCUUUUCUCGACCUGAUUUAGAGGUUCACUUUUUGUCACUUGUGUUGAUGUAAUUCCUCGCCAAUUUAAAAAAUAAAGCUUGCUUGAAUCCUUGUUAAGGAACCAAAUUAUGUGGGGGGGGGGGAGGUACUCACCAUGAUCCCAAGAUCCACUGGGCACACAGUGGAUCUGCGCACACAGUGCUGCUCUGGGCUUGUGUUUAUGGACAAGAGCUAUUGAAUACAACUUUAUUUUAACCUUAGGUUUUCUCUUACUUAUAUCACUGUAUCCGCUUUUUAAAAGAAUUCUAUUGAAUUUUUGUAGAGGCACAUCAGGAGAUUCCACUGAAUACUACAGAACAAAUGUACAUAUAAAAGCAUAGCCAAAAAAAACCCCAAGUGUGUCUGCUGAAUAAAAUUAAUAGUUAAUAAACAUCAAAAUAUUUUUUCACUGUGUUUUCAUGUAAUUUCCAUGCAAGUUAAAUGAGGAUCUAGUAAGUUAUAGUAAAAAUUGUGAUUGGAACUUGCAUGGAAGCAUUUAAGCUUGUCAUGUGAUUUUUCUUAAUAUAUAGUUGUACGUCCACCUAUAAUUGUUGUAACUUUUAAUCUAUAUGGUGAACAGUAACUUGGUAGUCAGAAGCGUGUUGAUAUUCAUCUAAGGCGGCCUUGGGAAUUCAAGAGGAGAUUCUAGCCAGAUACAAGCUAAAUAAGGCCAUUUUCAGAUUUUGACCUGAUUGGAGAUUGGAGGAGGCUCAUGUCAGAGGUUAACUGUUUGCUUUCCUAUGGUGUGACUAGAAUUAUCAUGUUUUAGGUAAUGAUAGUUGCACUGAAAGCAACUUCUGGCUUUUUAGUUUAAGUAAGAAUCUUAUCAGUGACUUUGUGGUGUUCACGUCUUCCUUUUUUCCUUUUUAGAAUCCAAGCAAGCCUCACUUUAAUCAUUACAUGUUUGAAUCAAUUUGCUUGUCAAUAAGGAUAACUUGCAAAGCAAACCCCACUGCUAUUGGAAGCUUUGAAGAUGCUUUGUUUAUGGUGUUCACAGAGAUUCUGCAGAAUGACGUGCAAGGUAAAAAUAAAACAUGAUCUGGCUUCUUUGAAAUAUGGUAUAAGCAGUGUCUGCAGUUCAAGUAGCCAUUAUUUAUUUAUCUAAUUGAAAAUAUACCUAUUUACAUCUUUUUAUAUUUGGCAGAUGUACAUAUGACCACCCAUAUCUUCUUAUCUUUAUGUAAGCCAAAAGAAGAAAAAUCUUAGUUUGUGUGGCUAUAUUCAUUUAUUUAUGUUAUUAGCCCACCCUUACUCCAAUAACCUCAGGGUGCUAUAAAUGGUGGUUUCUCAUUCUCUGAGGAGGUAGGUUAGACUGAGAGUUCACAACCAGCUCAAAAUCACAAAAUUCUCCUUUGGAUUAUACUGUAGGUAUCAGUAUUUGCACACAUGAAUACACUCUCCUGUCACUUAUAAACUGUCUUCCCCUUUCAACAGAAUUCAUUCCAUAUGUGUUUCAAGUGAUGUCUCUGCUUCUGGAAAUGCAUAAAAAUGACAUCCCAUCGUCGUAUAUGGCCUUAUUUCCACACCUGCUUCAGCCAGUCUUGUGGGAGAGGUCAGGAAACAUCCCCCCUUUGGUGAGACUCCUUCAGGCCUACUUGGAGAGAGGUGCCAGCACGAUAGCAAAUGCCGCAGCUGACAAAAUUGUAUGUAUACACUGAUUGCAUUGCUUGAUUUCUAAAAGAGUGUGUGUGUGUGUGUGUGUGUGUGUGUUUCAUAAAAAAGAGGUUGGAGACCCUCUCCUGUGUUAGUAGAUAUCAGAAAGAAUGAAUUAUCUUUUACUCACCCUGGAAAUCCAAGUUGUUAUUUCAAGUUAGCUUGUGAAGUUACAAAACUUUAUUAGACUCUAAUGGCUAUCACUAAGGGAAAAGUCUGCACCAGACUGCGAUCCUAGAAGGCAGAAUUCAAAGAUGCUAUGCAUAUGCUUCAUUGUAGAAAACGACACAUUUUGAAUGUAUUAUCUUGAGCAAGUUUCUUUUCAUGUUGGAAUGGAUUCAGAUUUGCCCCUCCACAAAUGGAAAUGCUGCUUUCAUUCAGAGAAGGAAAUGAGAUCCACCUGAGGCUCCCCUACAGCCCCCAGAGCCACUUUCAUUAUGUUUGGGAAUUGAAGUCUUACUGACUUCAGAUUUUUGCAGACUGAAGAGAUUACUGGCUGGGUUUCCGUUUAGAAUUCUCAUAAAGAUGCCAGCCCCCAAAAGCAGCCCUUCCAGUCUGUUGGAGAGUGCUGGUUUGCUCAUGUCCUCUUAUGCGCUUCCCAUAGGGGUCUGGGUAGCCAAUCAGGGAACAGAAUGUGGAACUAGUUAGGUCUGAUCCUGCAGGACUUAAAUUCUUAAUCUGCACUUGAUGCUAGGCAUUUGUCACUUACAGAGAAUGAAUGGCUAUAUAUUUUCCCUGUUGUUUCCAAGCCAUGCAAGCUAGUUACAUAAGCCAUAAAAUUAUUAGAUGAGCUAGAUACUUCUUUCCCAUGAAAGCAAUACUUUUCAGUAGUGCAUUCAAUCUAUCCUAGCACUGCUGAAUACCCAGCUAUGAUCUGAAAUUCCUGAAUAAUCUUAACUCAGUUUUUUACCCCAUUGCUAAGCAAGUUUAACUAGGCAGAGUUAAAUCAGUUCCCAGACUCAUUGGCUGUUCUACUCUGGUAGUCAGUUAUAUCAUAAUUCCAUUCUGGGUAGAUUUUGUAGCUGCCAGAUCAUUUUACUGUUAAUAAUUUGCUGGCAUCUGUCUGUCUUGGGAGACAACAGAGGAGUGCACCUUUGGAGGUGAGGUCAAGCUGUUGGAACGUUGCAGUGCCUGCUGUGACUGUGGAGGCCGAUGCAAAACUUUGUGUUUUCCUUAAUUUACAGCCUGGACUUUUGGGUGUGUUCCAGAAACUUAUUGCCUCUAAACUUAAUGACCAUCAAGGAUUCUACCUUCUCAACAGUAUUAUAGAACAUAUGCCCCCGUGAGUAUGAACAUACCAAAUUCAAGUAAUUUUGCUGCUAUUAGCUUGCAUUAUUGUAGAUCUCCCAUCGGAUGUACUCAAAAUAUGCCAAAAGAAAGUUAAGAAAUAGUACACUCAAAGGGCCUACUGGAUUGAUUAACCGGUUUCAACGUAUUUUUGUCUUUCUAGUGAAUCCAUUGAUCAGUACAGGAAACAAAUAUUCAUCCUGUUAUUCCAAAGACUUCAGAAUUCCAAAACAACAAAAUUUAUCAAAAGUAAGCUAUUUGUUUUAUGGCUGAUAGAUUUGGGGAAGAACUCUGCCCUGAGGGGCUUAGUAUGCUUUGGAUCAGAACAAUCAUCACUUGUCUUUUGAUUUGAUUUCAAAGAUGGCAAUACAGUGGUACCUUGUGUUGCGUAACGUUCAGGUUACGGCCGUGGCAAACCCAGAAGUGGGUUUGCCGCUCGCACGUGCGCACGAGCGGUCCUCUGGUUAUGAAAUUUUCGGGAUACAGCCGGGACUCCGGAACGGAUCCCAUUCAUAACUGAAGGUACCACUGUAAAGGGCAUAUUGGUCAGAGUAACAGGAUUUGGAGGCAAAGAGAGGAAUAUUCAUUGAAGCUUGAACUUUGUGCCUACCUAGUAUAAGAGCUGGGUUGGUGGGGAUUUGUGAUGGAGUUGGUCCCUCUGCAUAACAGCUUUGCCAGGUGGGUCCUAGAGACCCUGUGAAACCAGCAAAGAAGUUUUGUCGACAGAUAGCAGGAAAGAUACAGAUGCUUAUUCACUGUGAUUUUAUAGAAGAGAGAGACACAUAUUAAUACUGUUACACGUGCUCUUUUACAGCUUCUGAUUCAUUCUUCUUCUUUUAAUAGGUUUCUUAGUCUUUAUCAACUUGUAUUGUGUAAGAUAUGGAGCAAUAGCACUUCAAGAAAUAUUUGACAGUAUACAGCCAAAGUUAGUAUCUUUUUUUUUUUAGUUUUCUUUCUAUUUCUUACUAUUACAAUUCUGUCCUGCCUUUCAUCUCAGUUCUCCUGCUCCUCAUUUUAUUCUCACAACAACCCUGUGAAGUAGGUUAGGCUGGGAGGGGGUGAAUGGCCCAAGGCCACCCAGUGAGCCUCAUGGCCAAAUGGGGAUUUGAACCCUGGUAUUCCAGGGGUCUAAUCCAGCUCUGCAGCCACUGUACCACACUGACUGCACCAGGCUAUACUAGGGAUAACUGAUAGCUGUAUUUUCAGGUAUCAUUCUGUUUCCCAGGAAGAAGGCAGCGGAGCUGAAAGUGAAUAUGAAAAUAUAUUAUUUGUUUGUUUAUUUAUUAAAUUCAUAUCCCACCAUUCCUCCCAGCAAAGCCUAUGGCAGCAAAACCAAUUGAUCCCCUCACUAGUGGCUAGACUUCAUAAUUAAUUUGGUGUCAUCUUGCAAUAAAGGCCUGACAGUUAUGUGCUUUAAUUCAAGGUGGCAAACUGUAGAGGAAGAACCAGGAGCAAACACCCUUUUGAAAAGUUGUUUAGGCUGUGAACUGUCCUUAGAUCUACGGGUAUAGGGUGGCAUACAAAUUUAAUUAAUAAUAAUAUAACUACUUUGGCUGCAAAGGAAGAUUCUUUGUUUGCACUUGCAGCUUUAAUUCAAGAUGGCAAAGGAAGGCUCAGGAGCAAACUCUUAAGUAUGCCCUCAUAAUUUGGUACUUUUUGGAUUUGGCACCUUUUCUCUGUCACUGUUCAGUCAGAAAUGUUGAGCCCUCUUAAUGCUCUUCUCUCAUGGUAUACUGAUUAACCCAGGAACUCAUAACACGCCAUUUCCUUGGUAAUGCUCAGUGGUCUGCUUGAUUUGUGUUCAGAUUUCUGAGUCAAUGGAUCUCUAGCCUCUCUAAUUAUCUGUACUUGACCCAAUAAAUGCAUUAGGUGGAUACUGCAAGAUUAAAUGGGUUUCUUUUGGCACUUAACAGGAUGUUUGGAAUGGUUUUAGAGAAAAUCAUAAUACCAGAAAUACAGAAAGUAUCUGGGCAAGUAGAAAAGAAAAUCUGUGCCGUUGGUAUCACAAAAAUACUCACAGAAUGCCCUCCUAUGAUGGACACAGAAUACACAAAGCUGUGGUAAGUGCAGUUACUUCUUUGAUAAAGUUUAUUAUUGAAAGGUAGAACUUCUAAGGAUGAAGAAGAAAUUCCUCUCUUAAAAAAAAAGAUUUCUAUCUUACCCAGGGAAUAUGCUAGUUUUUGCUUAAACAGUUGCAACAGAGAUAUUUGCCAAAGGAAGGAAUCUCUCUGUUGGCCUCUCCCUCCAUUGCUUCCAUUCCUAUUUCAAAAAAGAUUUGAAAAUGUGCUGGCCAAAAUAUGCUGUGCUGUUAGGGAUAAGAGUUCCAACUUGGGGGUGAGAAUUCAAUCUUGCUGUGUCUGAAAGAAUUUAGGGGAUCAGUUUAGGGACAGUGUUUUCAGGAUACAAAUCUUGCAGAAUAUGUGUGUGUGAGGUCAGGAAGCACAUGCAAUUUAGCAUAGUUCAGAGUAAUGAAGUUUACUAAUGAUAUGUAACCAGAAUAUGUUACUGCAUUAUGUGUUGUUAAUAUGGGCUUCUGGUCAGUAUCAGUGGAGAAGACCUCAGCAGUUAAGCCCUCUGCUGGUUUUGUGUCCACCAUUCACUGUCCCCACCUAGCACUUGAGAAGCAAUAGGUUUGGUUGUAUAUUCCUCUUUUGAAAGUGGUUUUCCCAUGCACCUCAGUCAGGGAGCAAAAGUAUUAAUAAGAUAUAAGUUCUCCUGUUCUAGAUUAAGACAAAUAACAACAACAAUAAGAAUAAUAAAAUCCACAUUGCCAAGUCAGGAGCAGGAGUGACUAGAGCUUGAAUGCUUGUGUGAGCAGAAGGUGAGCUGGAGUGCAGCUGUCAAUAAGAAGUGUUCCCGGCAGGAACCGUUCCAAAUAACUUGUUAUUAGUUUUCCAAUAUUCCUCCAAUAAUAGCCAAAUUAUAACAAUAUCAAUGAAUUUGGCAGGAACAGUUCCAGGGGCAUUUAUACCAAGGCAGUGGUUAUAUUGUAGAGGAAAUAUGAAUUAUAAGGAAAACAAAUAAAUGUAUGGAGCAUAAUGGAAACAAGAGCAAGUACAUUGUUUUCCUUGGACACCGUCCAAAAUAGAAGAACAGCCAGAGUAUGGACAGGCUUUUUCCAGUUUUUCUGAAUGCUUGUGCCAUUCCAUUGCCAGUUUCUGCUCUGGCUCUGAUAACUAGAUCCAGGUAGUCCUCUGCCUAAGGAAUAUUCUGCUGCUGAAAAUUGGCUGUUUUCUGUGGUGGUUUGAAAUGGUUUGCUGUAACAUAUUGUUUUUGUGCUACGCCUUUAAGAUUUUAAUUUUCGUAAGUUGCUUAGAUUCUUUUGCAGUGAGCAACGAAUAAGCCCGUUAAAUAAAAGGUUUUCUCCAUAGGACACCCCUUCUUCAGGCCCUCAUUGGUCUCUUUGAGUUGCCUGAAGAUGAUACCCUUCCUGACGAAGAACACUUCAUUGAUAUAGAAGACACGCCAGGGUACCAAACUGCAUUCUCCCAGCUUGCCUUUGCUGGGAAAAAAGAACACGAUCCAGUGGGCCAAAUUGUGAACAAUCCUAAAAUCCAUCUUGCACAGUCUCUUCACAAGUUAUCAACUGCGUGUCCAGGCAGAGUAAGAUUGCGUGGCUGUAAUCUAGUGUGUGUGUGGUGAUAUGAAUGUGGGGAAUCGUUUCUCUCUCCUGAGUCUGUUCUCUUAUCCUAGAAAACGCAGUGUGUCAAAAUUGGAAGAUUCCUUUUUUGACUGCUAUCUUGAAUGAACGUGCUCAUAAUUGCACUCUGUUGAAAUCAGUUGUGCUGAUUUUGUAGAUGUGUUGGGGACUGGGGUGCCAGUCUUCUGCAAGAGCGAUUUCUAAAGUGUGCUUCACUUUCAGAUUAUCUGGUUCUGAUAUGGCUUAAUUUGUCAAACUCUAGUCAGCAACUGGAUGGUUACUUGGUUGUGGCAUUGCUCCAAGCACCAACUCACCAGGUAGAAGGUGAAGAGGUGUGUUCAUAACUUUCCACCUAGCUUCAUGCUGGUUGGACUAACUGGAUAACCACAUACAUGAUUCCAUCUUUUUCCCUUUCCUUGCAUCCAAAGUUAACCUCCCACAGUCCUGGCAGCAUGGUACUGCCCCCGCCCCCGUGGUUUGAGGGACUAGGGAGUUUUACAAGUGCCCUUGGUCCUUAUUGACCAAGCAUUGUUUGCAGCGACGAUACCAAAGUGUGUAGAUGCAGGCAAUAGCUUAAGUGCUGACUGCAAGACAAAGCUAUAAUAUGAAAGUAUACGCUGAGAUGCACACAAGUCAAUUAACGCUUUAGGAUUUGGAGAAACUAAAAUGUUAAAACACUACUGAAUGCCUGCAUCCUGGUAUGUUAAAGUACUGUAAUUUAGAUGCAGAUUAAUAGUGCCACUCUAUCUUGUGUUUAAAGGUUCCCUCGAUGCUGAGUACUAGCCUGAAUGCAGAAGCUUUGAAAUUUCUUCAAGGAUACUUACAGGCUGCAAGUGUAACAUUGCUCUGACCUCUUUAUUUUGAACGGGAGAAUUUCAAAGUUGCAUCAAGGAACGCUGAUAUUGACUGUUCUAAACAAAGCUCGGACAAGGUGAAAUGAGUUGCUACUUCGAAAAACACAUCACUGAAUUACUGCUUGAUACAGAAGCUGAAUGAUACUUUGUUCAUGUGAUCAUAGGUAAAGAAGCAAGUGACUUUCCCAUUCCCAGUUUGCUUUCAAAGGGAAUAGUAAUAGGAGUUUAUCAUUUGGGAUUGAUUGAAGUUCCACAUCUGCAGUGUUUGGGUACCAUUUUAAAAUGUAUAGAGUACUGGAUGCAAACUCAUGUUGUCACUUAUUUUUUCCAGUUUAUUGUCAUUUGUAUUUCUUUCGUGUCUCAAAAAAUUUAUCUGAAUUGUGAAUAAAUAAGCUCUUGUUUAAAGUAUUUGUCUAGCAAUAUAUAUCUUACUAUGGUAGAAUAAAUUGUAGUUGUCUGCAAAGAAACUGUCACUUAGUCCCAGCAAUACCCAGCACUUCUUAAUUUGCUUUUCCACCUGAGCUUUACCUUAACACUAUUCAUGACAAACAUUAAAAUUGUAUUUGGAGAGGCACCUUCAUAGCAUUCUGACUCUUUAGUGUCUCAGUCAUACUUGAACAUCCCACCCAUCUUUCAGGAAAUGCAUUGCUAUGAAAUAUAGUGGAAAAUAAAUGUCUCAGAUUUAAUCCAUGCAGGUGCUUCUUGUUAAGCAGUUGUGGUCAGCUGCAUUUGGGACUUGCUGGUAUUCUUCAAUUUCAUAUUUUAAACACUGAAAUGCUGAGUCUUAAUAUUGGUUAGUGAAAGGUAACAAAUUAUUCUGGAGGAACUGCAUCUUGCUGAAAUUUUGUCUAGGGUUGUGUAAUCACUGCUGUUAAUAUGUGGUAUGAGUACCUAGGAGGCUUAAGGUUACAGAUAUUCAGAAAUAAAGAAAAUAAAAAGAGGCAAUUUAUUAUCUCUUACUCUUAUCUCAGAUGUUUAACAAGACUGAAAUGACCUCUACAAAUUUAGUGCUAUAUAAAUAGGAGUGAUCUUCACAAUUGUAUACAGCUUGAACUCCCUUAAAAAUAAUUACUAUGCAACUUGAAUAUUCUAACCACCAGGCCCAGAAAAGAGUCUUGAAGGCACAUGAUGCAGUUCUACUGCUGAAGGUCUGGGCCUCAGUACUGCAUGAGUGUGUGACUACCUAAGAACCAAGUACAAACCAUUUUCUGCAGCAAGAAUAGGACACGAGCCAAUUAAAAAGCAAGUUGACAGUCAAAUGUAUUCUGAUUUCCUUUUUUAGUAUGGACUCAUGACCUGGGUGUGUGUGUGUGUGUGUGUGUGUGUGUGUGUGUGUAACUCCAGGAAUCCUGAUGCAACACAGACUGUAGCAAUGGGCCUUUAAAUAAGUUUUCAUGUACCAAUGUCUAAAGAACCUUCUAUUUUAAACUUAGGAUAAGUUUGUACAAAAGCAUCUAUUUACUGUAUUUCAGUCACAAUUUUCAAACACUUGUAGUUCCCAAGUGGCUCAAAUAAGUAAGUAAUGAGAAACCCUUGACAUCAGGCUUACAGCAUGAAAAAACAACAGACUAGGAAAGCAUCGAGGAAGGAGAUCAAGUUAUUCAAGGUCAGAACAAAGUGAUGAGGUUUAAGAGGGUGUUUAUAUCCAGUUCAGGCCAGGCUGAUCUUCCUUUGCUAGUGAUCAUUCUUAAUAAGCAAUUGGUGGUUUUUGUUCCUUUGACUGAUGGAUGGGGCCAGAGUGUUCUUUCUCCUUGCAUUUGCAGUCUUGGGGUGUAACAGUCAACUGGAGCUGAGUGUUCUUUCAGGCAGCAAGAAGAGAAGCGAGAGUUCCCUGCAGCUAACUCAUCCUCUAGAUGGUUCCUGGUUGGUGCCAUCAUUCAUUGCCUUUUCCUUCAUGCUACCACUAGAGGCAAUGGGGUACAGCCUACCCUCUCUGUUCUGCUGAUAGAAGCCUUUACUCAUCACCCCAGGGAUAACAUUGGAUGGAACCCCAUGGUGCUGAAGAAAGCAAGCCAAGGAGAAAGUAGAACUGGGGCUCUGCUCUACCAGAAGGGGAAAGCAGGGCAGGCAGUGUUGGUUCUGGAGGGCAAGGUAGGAGGCGGUAGAUGCAGACAUGAGACUGAUAGGAAGUCAGUCAUUUGUUUUGUUGUACCAUUUAACCUAGCAGCCCAAAGGGGGCAAAGAAUUGAGUCAAAAUGACAAGCAGGGAUUUCCCAAUUAUUUGCCCCAAGCUCCGGUUCUAAGCAAAAACCGUCCACAAAGUUAUCAUGCUAUAAGAGGCAGAGAGAUCACCUUUUAGGUUUCAUAUGUAAUAUACACUUGCAUGUAAUGCUAACUCUGCCCAUGUGCUGCUUUAUUAGGGCUGUCACUAGAUUAAAUAAAUGCUGGUUGAUUAAACUUGCAUAAGCAUGAAAUUAAUAGUUUCUGGAUCAGGCUACUGAGGAGGGCUUACUAAUUUCAGUGGGGCUUUACAACCAAGCAAUGUUGCAGAAUUGCAGCUUAUAUGGAGAUAUUCCAUGCGCUGAUUGUCCUUUUUCCUCACCAAGCCAACUCCUCAAUACAGAGCAGCAAUGCCUCCAAGCACAUGGGAUACCUUUUGAACAUCUGUCCCUGUUCCGCUGCCCAAGAACAAAGGAUGGCAGGUACCAACCUUGAAAUGUGGAGAGAGAAGGGGGAAAAUAACUUUUCUACAGUGAUAGGAAGAGGGAAAGCCUUCAGUUGAUUAAACUGCAGCUCUACUUCAGGGACUCAUCUUUCAUAAGCAAAGUAUAUUACACAUUUUUAAAAAAUCUUCAUUGUUUAGUUUUCAGGGCUGGCUCUACCAUUAGGCUAAGGCACCUGCCUAAGGCAGCAGAUGCUUUGAUUUCAUUUGUAGUGUAACAAUUACCAUGGAAAAUAUGGAUUGAAAUAAUAAGAGUUUGGAGAAGAUGCAGUUUUAAAUGAUUAAAAUGGGACUCCAGUGAAGGGGUGGGGGGAAGUCCUGAGAUUCGGAGGAAUCAUAUGGAUAUGUAAUUGAUUUUUUUAAUAUAAUUUUGUACUGUUAAAACUAAAUAAAAAGAUUUUUUUAAAAAGGGGGAGGCAGCAGAUGCUGGGGAUGGUGGCAACAGCAGUAACUCUUCCUUUUGAGCCUAGAUAGGAUCAGGCUGCACAUGUAAUUUAUUCAUGAAUAAAUGUACGCCUCAGUACUUUGGGGCAGCCAAAUCUUUAGUCCUAUGGGAAAAGAAGACAGGUGCAAAAGUAGUCUUGAUGUUUGCUAUACUUAUUGAUAUGAAAUUUUCCUUUUAAGCCAAUUUUGUGAGUUUUUUUGGCCGGGAGGGGGGGUGCCAUUUGCUACCCCACUUUAGGUAGGAAAACGUAUCCAUUCAGCCGUAUUUUAGACUGUGAGCAGGGUUUUCUAGACUGGUGACUGGAAGCAGCCGCCAAGACCAUAUAACACUGGUCCUGAAAGACCUACAUUAGCUCCCAGUAUGUUUCCGAGCACAAUUCAAAGUGUUGGUGCUGACCUUUAAAGCCCUAAAUGGCCUGGGCCCGUAUACCUGAAGAAGCGUCUACACCCCCAUCGUUCAGCCCAGAGAUCCAGCUCCAAGAGCCUUCUGGAGGUUCCCACACUGUGAGAAGUGAAGCUACAGGGAACCAGGCAGAGAGCCUUCUUGGUAGUGGCACCCAUCCUGUGGAACGCCCCUCCCACCAAAUGUUAAGAACAUGAGUAAUUAUAUAAGGUUAGGUUGCUGAAAUGAAAACUAAGAAAGUGGACUGUGUGUGUGUGUGUGUGUGUGUGUGUGUAAGGACUUUUGAAUUCUGGUUGGUUCUGGUACUAAAAACAUCCCUAGGCUAGGCUCAGAGGCAACUCUCUUCUUUAAUUCCAAUGUGUGUCUUUUGUGCCUGGUUUUGACUGGUCGGGGUUCCAGGAGAAAAGCAGCAAAGUAGAUUUGACAAGCCUGAAGUUCGCCCACUCCUGUACAGUGCUAAAAAGUCCGUUCUGCUUAAAGGAAUGUCUGAAAUAACACAGCUAGAAUGCGUGGGGCAGGUUUUGCGGCAGUCUCUAUCGCCAAUCAUGUUCUCAGCUAACACUAUUAGGACAUGCGGCAGCGCGCAGCCUGUAAGCUCUCGCCCACUCAUUUGCCACAUAAGCACUUUGCGGAAGCUCCUUGGGGGGCCGACUUGCUUUAAAUAGAGCAGCAUGCUUGGCUCAGCGGCUUCCUGUACUACUGCGUAAAAGACUACAAUACCCAGCACCCACAGUUACUUUCUCAAGUUUUAGUCGGAGCUUGACGGAAAGGAGGCACUACAAACCCCUAGGAGUCAGAAAACACAUGCAGCGAAUGCUGUAAUCUUCCAGUCCGUUCCAUAGAUAAGGCUGCAAUUGCAAACUCUGUAUUGCUUGAAAGAGUGGCGCGAGAGUUUUUGAUCUAGCUUAAUUAGAAAAUUAAUUAGAAAAUUAUCUCCCCCCACCCGGAAUCUUGCGUUCCCAGAGCGAAAGCGAUCUCUUACUGAUCUGGAGGUCAAAUCUGAUGAUUCAGGCCACAGUUUCAAAAAGGAGAGGAUUUUAUGGCGCUGCAAUGUAUUCACUUUUAUGAUUCAGGAAGAGUACGCGGAAUGAAGCAACCUUUAAGCCUGAGAUGGUAAAGCGCCGCCCCUCUAGGUAUUCUUGGACUCCAGCUCCCAUCAGCCCCAGCCAGCGUGGCCCAAAGAUCAGGGAUGAAAGGAGUUAUGGGUCAACAACGUCGGGGAGAGGGGGGCACCGGGUCCCCACGCCUGCUUUAUGCACAGAAGCACAAUACGUAUCUGCGGACCUGUUGGUUGGUGUCUUAAGAAUUCAAUAAAAGGAGGACGUCGGUGCUGCUUAGAGCAAAACUGGGAUUACAGAGAAAUAAUUCCUAUCUCAAAUAAUGGUUGUCUAUUAAGGAGUCCUGCCAUCCAGGUUCUUCAUUCGUCCAAAACUUAACCGCGAAAUAACAGAUACCAAAAUUUUACAAUGCUGGACGGUCCCCUUUGUUUCCUUCUUCGUCCUAAAUCUACUCCAGACUCCGAAAACAGUUCAUUCAGGUCGUUGCACCCGCUAUCUUUAAGACGAACGGAACACAGGGUGCAAUUCUCCGUAAGCAAAGCCUCGUUGCCCUUCACUGGUCUUCUCAGCUGAGAAAGAAAAACAAGCAUGUCCACCUGGGACCUCCCGCGAGGGCCAACCUGGGGGACCCGACAGGAAUUGUUUCCUCCCAGCACACAUGCCUCGCAUUCCCCGCUGCGCAGGGCCCCACUACCUCCCUCCACGCGUCCUCAGGCGCGGCUGCCGCCGGGAGUCCCGGGGUUUCUGGUUGGAAAGCGCGUGGCGGCAGAGCUGUCACUUCCCCUGCGAGCGCAGCAUGCUGGGAAAUGUAGUCUCGCCGCCUUCGCAAAGGGGAAAGCGGGGGGGAGGGAGAGCUGGAGACUCCGACGGGCCACCUAAGUGACAGCCGCGGGGCAUGCCGGGAGGAGUAGUCCCACCGGCCGGAGAAGCCGGCCCGCGCCCGGAUUGGCGGCGCGCUCCGCGCUGGGCGGCGCUAUAAAUAGCUACGAGAGGCCUGGUUGGCUCCUCCUCCUCCCCCCCACACGCCGUCGCGUGGUGCCGUCACUUCCUUCCCGGCCGGAGCUGGCCCCGCUCAUUCUCUUUAGUGUUUGCCCUGUGUCUGCCGCCGCCGCGACUCGCUCGCCUUCCCCCCCCUUUCCCCGGACCCCCCCCUCUUCGGCCUGCCAGCUGCCCAUGGACUGAGCCGCCCCACGGCCCGCCCGCCAAGACGAGCCGGCCCGGGAGCCGCAGCCCAAAACAACCGCCAGGUGAGGGGCGGAGAAGCAGCGGGCGGGUGGGCAGCCGGGCAGGCAGGCAAGGCGGGCGUCCCUCCCAGCCGCCCCCCGCCCGCCACUCCUACCGCGGCGCUGGGGUAUGUGGGAGGGGAGAGGCCUCGGCCGGGCCUGCGCUUGGGGUUGGGCCUGUGGACGGGACGCGGGAGACGAGGCUCAGGCCCCUCGGAGCGGGGGCCGGGGUGGGGGGCGCGGGUGGGCUGCUGGCAGGCGGGGGGCUCGAGGCUGCCAGGCUCUGCCUCCUGUUCUUUAGGGGAAGGGGUCCGUGGGGAGCUGGCUUGAAGACCCACCACUCCCCACUUCUUUCGACUCCGACCCGCCUUCCCUCCUGUCCGUCCCGGGCUCUUCCAGCCUGCUCGCUCUGCCUCCUUGCUCUGCUCGUGGGCUUCCCAGAGGCACCUGUGAGAGAGCAGGAGGCCGGGCUUGGGAGGCCUCCCCCUCACCCCGUGGCCUGAUCCUGCAAGGGUCGCCUUACGUUUUCCUCCUGGCCGGCGCUCCUGUUAACAGGGAUCUUCGCCGCGCACAUAGCAAAGUUCGUAGCGGGCGAGCGUAGGAAGGGAAGGUUGCGUUCUGGCCAUCCCGAAUUACUUGUGCAAAAAAAGGGGGAACGGGGGAACUGGUGACAAAUCUCUGCACAGUGGGCUGCAAUAGUACAUGUCUCUGCCCCAGCUCUUCAUCUUGCUUUUCUUGAUCUGGUGAGAUUGUGCAGCCUGCUCAACGUUUCUUGAUAGUCAUGUGCAUUGUGUUCUUAAUGUGUACAUGCCUUGCCAAGUUCCCUGAUGUUCUCGUCUUGUACCUGUGCGAGGCAGGUGGUAAUGCUUCUCCAUCCUGAGUUGUGUCAGUUGCAGGGCAUGUGCUUUCUCAUUUCCCUAGUCAAGAAAAUAAUGCUGGAGUGUAGAGCCUGUAAUUUAAAUCCUGUAGUGUCUACUGGAUCACACUUUAGUUGCUUCAGGCUUCUCCCAAGACUUGCUUUCUCCAAGAUAGCCUUGCAAUAUUGCUGUCAAGUUUUAGUUUAAUUGGGGGGGAAAGUCCUUUGUGUUCUUGCUUACAAACAUAAUGCUUUCAUCUCCUAAUGGAAGUAAUGAAUGGCUUAAUGGCUCUAAUGGUUUAAUCUUUUUCCACUAUAUAUGCCCGCAAACUUAAUUGGUCUCCUGUCGUUUAACUUUAGCAAUAUGAGCAAGCUUUUGAUGUGUACUCUUUUCCGCUUCAGCCUGGAACCAGAACCACUUCUGAAACUUAAAUAGUUUUGUAUUUGCAUAUGUUGCUUCAUCUUUGGUGAUAUGAAUUUUUCAUUUUAUUUCAAAGCAUUUAUAUACCACUUACUACUUCAGUGUGCAGCAGUGUGCAGUCUAAAAAACAAAACAAUAUAUAUUUAAUACAUUAUAACAAAAACAGAGCACAUUACAGUAGCCACGUGAAUCACAGUAGCUAACCCUGUCCAGGAAAGAGCAUAGUUGGCAUAUCAGCCUAACACUGUGCCCCAAUUUGAUGAGUGCUUCUAGUGGUUUCAUAUAUUUCCAUUCCUACUCCCAUGAAAGGAGCAGUUUCAUCAUUUUGGGGGUGUUCCUGGAUUCAGUACUGUCACUGGAGGCUCAGGAGGCCUCAGUAGCUGGUUUUGCCUUUUCGCAACUCUGGCAGAUUCACUUUAGGACAGAGAAGAUUUGACCACAGUAUUCCAUGCUCUGAUAACUUCCAGAAUUGAUUAUUUCAACAUGCUUUACAUGGGGCUUCCCUUGAAGAUGACUCGGAAACUUCAGUUGGUCCAAAGUGCAGCAGCUGGAGUUUCCAUUUAGAUCUCCUGUAACCCCUCUCUUAAAACAGCUGCACUGGUUACUAGUUCAUUUCCCAGCACAAUUCAAAGUUCUCUCAUUAGUGUUUAAAGCCCUAUUCAACUUUAUUUGGGCCCCAAAUAUCUGAAAGACCACCUCCUUCCCUACAGACCCUCUUGCAUGCUGAAACCAGCAGAAGGGGCACUCUUGGAAGUUCCUGCAGGUGACAGCCGGAGAGGGCAUUCCCUGUGUUGGCCUCUAAACCCUGGAAUUCCCUCCCCACAGAGUUAUGUCUGGCACCUCCAUUAUGCACCUUCCAAAAUGCUGUAUAAUGGAGGUGUGGAUCUUUAGGACCCACCUUAUUUUUUAUUAUUGCAACUUUAAACUGUUUUUAAUAUUGUGCUUUAAUGUUCUAACCUGCCCUGGAACCUUAGAGUGAAGGGUGGGUAAUAAAAAAAUAUUAAUAAUGCUAAACGGGGGCAGAUGCAUAAUCUCCUAAUCCAGUUCUCUGAAUCAGUCCUGGUGAGUAGGAAUUAUAGCGAACAAUACUUUGUCACAGCCACAUUGUCACACUUUACGCUUGAGAACUUGAAAAUAUUUUAAUACUGUGGGUUUCAUGGAAUCGUAAAGCUAAAUCCUGUAGAAGUUAACUGGUAGUCAAGAGACCUUUUUGAUAUAUUUAAACGAUCUGUCUGGUUGUUUUAAGUCAUGUUCUAAAUAGCACUGUAUGGUGACCCUACAAACCAAACACUUGAUCAAAUAGAUAUUCAACACUGCACCAGAAUGUUUAACAUUUUUUAUUAAAUUCAGCUUUGCUAGACUGUAUUCUGUGCUAUAUAUUAUCAGACAAGCAUACCCGACUAGUAAAAUGCUCUCUCAGAUUAAAGCUUCAAUCUUAAUAACUCUUACUAGGAAAUGUCAUAUAGAACUUAGUGAUACUUAAUGCAUGAUAGGACUGUGAAAGGAGAAGGAAGUGAUCUCUAAGUGAAUUUACGCUUUUGUGACACUAGUAAAGUCAUGUUCCAAAGACUUACUUGGAGAUGAUUAAUCAAGGGAUGUAUAUCCCUUGAUUACACAACAUCUGACAAACAACUGCUAAGGGUGUGAACUGAAUCUGUUGAAAAACAUUGUUUAGGAGUAAAUACAGAUCUGUCUGUGAUGGCUUAUUUAUACAUGUUGUGUGAAGCUGCAGUCAACAAGUAAUAAAUGCAAAUGUGUGAACUUGUUUGUAAAACCUAGGCUAACAUUGGCUUUAGGCAUAUGCAAAAGUGUCUGAAGUGCAGUGUGAAGAAUUUGUCCCUACCAGUUGCUCUGCUGCUUAGCAAAACUCUUAAGUAAACUGAAAGCGAUUGCAGGAACAAACUGAAGUGGGGCCAUAGAGGAUAUUCCUUUGACACUUCCUUGAGUAGUAUACCAUGGGAUGAUCCAUAACAUCAAAAUUAUGAUGGUGGAGGUAUGGCCUUGUGCAGUGUUUUUCGAUCUUGGAUCCCUAGAUGCUGUUGGACUACAGUUCCUGUCAUCCCUGACCUUUGACCAUGUUUGCUGGGGAUGAUGGGUAUUGUAGUUGAACAAUAUAUGUGAACAAUACCUGGGCCCAAAGGUUAAACAGUAGUCUAGUGUAUGAAUACUGCCCCUUGUGCAGACCUGUUGGAUGAGAGGAAAGAGAGGGGCUGAAAUGGAAUUGAGAGCAGAGCUAGAGACUUUCUGUGGACCAAGCUUGCUCACCCACCACUGCUCCUGCUGCUGCUUCCUCCCCGAGUCCUAGAAUUUAACUUGAAGUUUAGCCUACAACAUGGUGCUUCCUUCUGUUGUUUGCCUUUCUGUUUGCCUUUCCUUCUUCUCCAUAUUAUUAUCUUAAAAGUUGAUAGUGCUGCUAGUGUGGCCUACCAUAGAGCGUCGCAACUUACCAGUUGUUGCGCAUCUGCCGUACAUGACCGACCUUAUUGUGCUAUUGCAGACAGCCUGAAUUGAGUUAGGGUGGCAAAUUAACCAGUUUCAGAAGCAUUAAUGCUUUUUGCUUUUAUAGCAUCGUGUGCUGUUGAAAGUCUCAAAGAGGCAGGAGGUGUUUCCAUUUGUGCAGCUACAACGAAAGGAUUGCUGCAGGUACCAUUGGUAUUAGCCAUCAAUUUUGGAAUUGGCAGUCUUUCUUAAAAUAUGCUUACCCUGCUAUCUUUGUGUUCGGCAGACUGAAUUCUUUCCAUUUCAAAGUGUUUGAGUACCUUUUGACAUGGAACAUACAGGCUAAAGGGACCAGGAAAUGGUGUGUGUGUAUUUUGUUGUUUUUCACUUUUCACAACUACAGAAUGCAUUCCAUCAGGGAACUCAUAGGUACAAAUCUUGCUCGAAUGAAUGGUAAUUGAGCCAAAGCACUGAUGCAUACCCUUCAUUUCACUUCCUUGAAGAAUACCUAUAUAAGUCAGUUGCAACAAAACCAGAGUCUUGUAGAAGCUUAACAUUGGGCAGAUUUAUUAUGGCAUAAGCUUUUAUUGAUGCAUCCAGUGGCUUUUGCUGUAAACAAUUACCUGGUUCCCCCAUAUUUUUUAUUGGGAUAUUUCUAAACCACUUAAUAUUUUAAAAUACCAUAUUGAUGGACAAUAAAGGUACAACAAAUAGCUUGAGACAAAAAACGCCGAAAAAAACCUAGGUUCCCCCCUCCCAGUUUUUCUGAUCUGGUCCCCCACCACCAGUAUGCCUUUUACAUAUCUAGAUUUUGCCUGUCUUUCUGGGGAAACCUAUAAAAAAUAGCAUCCAACGAAAUGUAUACAACGUCUCAGCCUGUCUUACUUCAGACUUUAGACUGAACUAUAAGGCAGUUCUUACCAGUUACUGGUAAUUCUUCCCUGAUCUUUUUCUUCUUUAAUUGCUUUUUAUUGAGUUUUAAAAUUAUUAUUCAUAUACAUAUUCCAUAACAUAUAUUGUGCACAUAUAUCAACCAAACAACAACAAUAUUUCUUUACAAGUGACUUCCCACCACUUCAGUGCGGCUUCUUGUUUCUUCCUUCUCUUUUCAACUGUGUUGUUUUUCCUUAUUACCCUUCUCUUACACAAUAUUUCUUAUCUGUUCUUUACUUUGUAAAAUUUAGUAGAAAUGUAUCAAGGAUUUUAUCUGAGAACAGUGUUUUCCAUAUAAUCUUUUACAUCUGAAGGCAGCUCAGUUUAGGGAAGUUUUUGAUGUUUAAUGCUGUAUUGUGUUUUUAACAUUUGGUUGGGAGCCACCCAGAGUGGCUGGGGAAACCCAGCCAGAUGGGCAGGGUAUAAAUAACAAAUUAUUAUUAUUAUUAUUAUUAUUAUUAUACAUUCCCACUCCUUUUUAAAUUUUUUGUUUGGUUGGUUCCUAAUUGCCUCUGUCAUUUUUGCUAAUUCCAAAUACUAACACAAUUUGAUUUGCCAUUCUUCCUUUGUUGGUGUCCUAUCCCCCUUCCAAUUUCUAGCGAUUAACAUUCUUGCUGCUGUUGUAGCAUAUAGGAACACCCUUUUUAAUCGUUUGAAAUAUCAAUUGUCAUAAUGCCCGGAAGAAAGGCUUCAGGUUUCUUCUCAAUUUUUUUUUGAACACUUUAAAAAAAUUCGUCAUAGACAAAAUUCCCCCCAAAAUUAAUUUUGUCACAACCCCACCACAUGUGGUACAUCAUUCCUUCCCCUUGAUUACACCUCCAGCAUACACUUGACUUUGAUUUAUAUAUUUUGGCCAGUUUGCUGGGGGUUAUGUACCACCUGUAUAGCAUUUUCAUGAAGUUUUCUUUUAUUGUGUAGCAGGCUGUAAAUUUUAAAUCCUUUUGCCACAAUCUUUCCCAAUCCUCCAUCUGCAUGGAGUACCCAAUUCUUCCCUGUUCUGUCCCUUUUAGCAUGUCAUAAUAUGAGUCCCUAGUCAUGUACUGUCCAGCACAAUGAAAAUGUAGUUGGUAUAUCUGAAGUUCCUGGGGUUUUGAGGAACAGUGUUCUUUAGAACCACAAGAAGAUUGAAGUCUAGGUUAUCUGUGUUGGUAAUAAGUGAACCCCUGAAAAUGUUGAUGAUAAAAACAUUCAGGACCCCAUAAUGUACAUGUUAAGACCUGAAAAUCCAAUCUUGGGGAGUAUGCUUGAAUCCAAAUGUAUUCUCUCUCUCUUCCUCCACACACACACACACACACACACACACACACAGUGCAUUGGCAAACAUAUAGCACAUACCACAAAUAUAUUACUGAGCGUAGCACAAAUCAUAGUGGUAGUAAUGUAAUCUUAUAGUGCCAUUAAGAUAGCUCUUGCAAGCAAACUAGCAAAACAUGAGGGGAGAGGUGGGUUCUUCCUCUGUCUUGCAGUCAUAUGUAACACUGACAGUCUGCACUGUUAGGAACAUCAAAGCAUGUCCAUGUUUUUCGGAAGAGGUCUGGCCAAUUUUGCCUGGAGCAAGAGAGAACUCGAUCUGUAAGCAAUUGGCGAAUAGUUGGGCAGAUUGCAAACUUUUUUUUGGCUUGCAGUGUAGUUACAGAACUUCUGUAGUAGAUUUUCUAACAUGUAAAGCUGCUGUUGCUGUUUCCAUUUCAAAGUUAUUUGCUACCUGUUAUUGCAUGUGACUUGUGUAAAUGGCAGACAUAAGACACCUCUGUCCCUAGGAACGUAAAGGUUAAACGUUCAGGCAGUCGGGAAACAAGUACCGGUACUUAAAUUCCCACCAAUUAUUCCUAGAACUUUGAAAGAAAUGUAGACAAAUCACUUGGUGGUUGGCAAGUGUUACACCCCAGCAUGGGGUUUUAAUAACUAUCAUAAGACCCCAAUAUUCAGAGGCUGCAACCUAUUUGGACGUGUGUAUCACUAGCACACUAUCGUAUAACCUCCUGUGUGAGAGCUCUUUAUGGGCUGUUAUGCUAACUUGAUAGAUCAUGUUCAUACAUAGCCUAUUGAAGUCUUGACAUUUUGCCUUGCUUACCUUGGUUUUUAAGAGACUUUGAAUGUAACUUUUUGGUAAUAAUGAUCCCAUGGUACAAGCAUAUGUCAAAGUUGUAGAUUAGGAGCGGGGAGCCUUUGGCCCUCCAGAUGUUGCUGAGCUACAACUCCCAUCAGCCCUAGCAAGCAAUGCCAGCAUCUGGAGUCCCACAAAAGUAGUGUAUGUAUGGCAUCUUCUACAACACACAAGAAUAAUGAAUCAUAUGUAUAGGGCAGCAAAUCUUUCCCAGCAAGAUGGGUGUGUAACAAGCUGGAUGGAGAUCAGGAAGAGUCUCUAGAAUCUUUUUAUGUUGAGCUUUAUUGUAGUCACUAGCAUCCCUAAUCUCCAGUGACAAAUGUGUUGUCUUUUAAAGCAUUGCUCCAUAAAACUCCUAGCUAGCUACAUAUCUCCACAUAUUGCAUCAUUUGAUCCGUUUGUCUUGCAGAGGAGGAAGCUGUAUGCCUAUUUUGUCUAACAUCUCCACUGUUACAUAUCAGGAGUGGUGAAGCCAUCUUUUAUGCUCACAACAACAUUGACUAGGAGUGAGGAAAAGGGAGAUCUGAUAGGGUGACAUUCUAACCAAAAUGCAUUCCAUUUCGCUAGCCGCUCUAACUUUAUUCUUCAUGGUCAUCAGAUUUCUGCAGUCCACCACUUCCUUUGUACGAAACAGUAAGCAUGUCACAAUUAUGUUGGGGCACAGGGCAGUUGUUUAACAUGAGGAUGUGUUGCAGUAACUAACUUGGAUUAAUCUAAGGCAUUUGCCAUGAAGAAAUUACUAUUUAAAUAGGAAUGUUCAUGAAUGUUCUGUAACUUUUUUUAAAAGUGCAGCACUGAUCAAAGUAUCUGUAGAAGCUACUUUUUGAAAUGUACUCAGGCCUGAUUUAAGUUCGCACAGCUGGUUUCACUUAACUAUGCAUGAUUGGGCAUGGCUGUCAUCACACUUCAAUUGGGUUUCAUUCCCUAUAAAAUGUAGAGAGUUGACACACCUGGAAUUCACAGCCCAAGUGUGUUGGUGUGGUUGAAGACUUAAAUCAGGGGGUCAUUGCUACACGUAACUGCUUAUAAACCUGCACAGGUAGGUUUCUUGCACAUUCCUAGCAUCAUAUUUUAAUGGAAUCUAUAAACAAUGAAGUAUUAUUUCUUGGUUCCACUUAAUCCUAACAGGAGGGGACAGCAAGCUAUGAAAUCUCAGAGCAGACUGCCUUUCUGUUGCCAGAGCAGAAAGACAUGUAUUAUCAUUGUGAACUUUAUAUGUGUGUGCUUAUGUGUGUGUAUAAUUCUGAUUUGUGCAGGCUGAGAAGAGGCUGUUAAUAGGUAGCACCAAGAUACAGUUAAGAAGGCACAGUUGCCAAAAUUAAACACAGUUCAAGCAUACUUACAGGGCUUGUUUUGGCAAAAUGGAAACAAGACUCUCUGUUCUCUUUCUUCAGGAUCAACAACUUGCUGGCUCUAAAGAGGAGGCAUCAAAUAUUGUCAUUUAACCACCUCAAAAAAUGUUUGGAAUAGUGAAAUGCUUCAAAUCAGCCUUUUGGGGAGUGAACUGGCUUUGUUUAGAUUUAGGUUUAUUCAAUUUAUGAAUCGCUUCCAACAACAUAAAGCCCUGAAGCGAUUUGCAGCAAGAAGGUAAUACAAUAUUUAAAAUGCACAAAUAUAAACAUUCAGAAUAAAAACAUCCAAUUGAUGAUGCCCAGGAAGACAAAAACACUUUUGCCUGAGGCGAAAAUGAUGACAGAGUUGGUGCCAGGCGUGCCUCCCUUUUGAGAGUGUCAAAUAAUUACUGGCUAAUUUUUAACUGUAAUGGGUGCUGUCUCUUGAAGAUCCUCUCUGGAAUGACUUCAUAGCUAACACUUCUGAAAAAGUAAACAUUUCUAAACCUUUCAAAGCAUAUGUGCUGAACAAUUUUAUCUAAUGAGAAUUUUUCUCCAAAUGUUGCUCCUGAUAAUGUGGAUAAGUAGUUCAUUGUGGAAUAGUAUAAUACUGUACUACUCAAAAGCAUCUUUCUGACUUUCUCCCCUUUUUCUUUUGUUUAUAGGCAAUCUCCAACAUAUAAAUCCCCUUGGAACUAAAGCUAAAGCUACACUGUCCCUGGAUCACUUAAAGGUACAGGAAGUUGGGUAUUCUGAAAGUCCAGCAGCUCUUUAUCACUGGCUGAUAUUUUGGGGUGGACAUAAAGAUAUGGGAGUUCUGUUGCGGUUUCCUAUCUUAAGAUGCUGCUUUAAUGUCAGUUGUAUCUAAAGCCAUCAGUACUUGAGCUGAGCAGACAUAUGCACUUCUCCCUACUGCAGCACCCUCCUGCACCCUCAAAAAAAAAACUGCUGUGGGUGGUUAGAGAAACUGCUUCUCAGUUUUCCCAUAUUCUAGCUACUGCUUCCCCCAACACCUGUGUAUUCUCUCCCUGUUCCAUUACCAUCAACAGCAUCUUUGAAUCUCUUGCUUCAACAAUAUGCCAUAUAUAAGGAUGACACGCUUUAAACCUGAAAGGAAACAUCCAGGGCAUGGACUAGUCUUCCCUAGAUAUUGGGGAUUGCUUGUGAAGGGUGGCUUAGAAUAUACACAGGCCUGUUCAUUUCUCUGGAGUAUUAACUGCAUUCUGCAGGACAUUUCCGAUACUUGAUUCUGGUAUAAAGCAAAAGGAUAAUAUUUACAAGCAGGAGAAUUUUAAGUUCUAUUCAGAGUACUGAAAUCUGUAAUCAUAUCUUUGUUAAUGUUUUAUUCCUUCAUUGAAACAGUCCAAAUAGUGAGGCAGUAUUCCUGCAAAUGGGGGCAUGUGUUUUCAAGAGUAUAUGCUCUAGGUGUGUUGCUCUCAACAGAUUGUUAGGGGGCUGUGCAUGUUAAAGCUGAUGCCUGCAUUCAGCAGAGAGCCAGCUUUUUGUCUUUUGUGUAUAUCCAGGUGACUCAGUGCUCUUAAUGUAGUGGUGAGUCAUUCUAAACAGAUAUCUAGAGGGCAGGCCUCAAUUGCAUGUCAAGAUAAUGGGAUGUGUCCAAGGUUUUCUGAAAGGGGCAAUCUGUGAGAGUGGUAUGUGCAUGCUCGGCCAUUUUAUAGAAAAGGCCUUCAAUUAAGCAGUUCAGCUAGCGGAGUUGGUUUAGGAAAAACAGGUUUACUCAGUGACACAUGUGCCUGCCUUCAGCUUUUUAAUCUCUAAUGCAAGAUGUCCUUGCUACACGUUUAUGAAGAUGCUCUGUCUUAAAAUCGCAACUUGAAAUUUUUAUUAUUGAACCUAAUAUGGAGAGAACUUCAGGCAAGAGCAAAACAACAGACACACACACACACACCCCUCCUUGGCCAAAGGCCUGGCUGGUGUGUGUGUGUGUGCUCUUUGUACAUGAGCGAAACCUGUAGCCUCUUGGGUCCCUUUCUUGGAAAUGUAGGAACAUACCAGGUCAGGCCAUAAGCAAAACUAGCCACAACAUCAUUCACACAGUUACCAGUUAUGCAGAUGGCUUUUUAAAAGGAAGUUUCAGGUGCAAGGUCUGAUUCAGACCCUGAAGUUGAAGGCUGGUGGCUUUCACCCUUUGUUCCCUGCUGCUGUCCCAAUAAGUGUCAGCACAGAGUUGGGGGUAGAAGUCUAUUAUAUUCAUAGCUGGGGGGGGGUGUGGAAGCUUUCCUCCAAUGCAAAUAGCAGGGCCUAAUCCAUAUUCGGACCCACAGCAUAGGGCAAAAGGCCAAAGCCCCCGUUCCAGGUUUGAAUCAGGCUCCUGUACCUGCAAUUUGUAGAGCUGAUGAUUGUGCUAGUUUGGCCCUUUUUGAACUGGCAGGGCUUCUCCCUGUCUCUGUCAGAGAUGUCCCUUCAUUUGCUACCUGAACUUUUUAGCAGAAGAUGCCUGGAACUUUCUGCAUGCAAACCCUAUGCUAUACCACUGAGCACUUAGCGCAUGAAGGGUAGUGUGAGGUACAACAUGGCCCAGCUGCUGCUGGGCUGUAAACUCCUGGCUACUAAUGAGCUAUGGCCCCUUUCCUUAAGCAUGCCCAACCCUGUUUCUGAUGGUCAUUCAUAGCUUUAAAAAUGGCUGUUUUGGGAGCUGUUCCUUUUGAAGCUGAGCCAAGCUGUUGUAAUUUACAGGAAGCAUUAAUGCUGAGUUGGAAAUCAAUAAAAUCCUUAAAAUAGUGAGUGCCAUGUUAAACAUAAACUUAGUAAAACAAAGCUGUAAACCUUUUUGCUCUCUGGAUAAAAAAAACCCACCUAGCAGCAUGGUGGAAGUCUGCUUUUGAUAACUUCAUUUACAAGCAUAGUAUUGGCUUAUUUGGCAAUGAAAUUUGUGAACUUGUCAGAAUAUUAGAAGACUUUGGUCUGUGGUGCUUCACGUGAAUACUUUCUGCACAUCUCAGGCUAGCAUAUUGAGCCCAGCCUGCUAUUUGUAUGCACAGGUAUUAGAAAAUGUUUGCACGCUGGAGAGCAUUCAGUUUCCUACCUGCAGUCCAGCAUCAGUUUCUUCAAGUGAGACUUUGGAUUGUGUAUUUCAGCUCUUAGAUGCCAACUUAUUGUGCUGAAAAUCCAUUUGCUUCCACUGGCCCAUAAACCCUUGUCUGCCUUUUCAGAAGUACGCGUCUUUCCUAAAAUCCUUAAGAGGCAGUUUGCAGAUCACUUUUGUCUUUGACUCAUCCUUUCUAAAUUUGGAAGCCUAUUCAUGACAUCAAUUCUGAAGGCCCACAGAAUGCUUAGACAAAUUGCUACUAUUAGCAUCCAGUGACUGCUCAUUUUUAAAGCCAGGACCUUUGCUGGUUCAAGAUAAUUUUUUAAACGUCUACAGGUUUUACUGGGAGACAGAAAUUGGACUAUGGUAACUUGACAUUAGUGCCUUGUGUUUGCUUUCAUCACUGUGAUGAUAUAAGUACUCAGUUCACCAAGCACUACUGCUCUGCAUGUGGUCCUUAAUUCAUUCUUCUUGGUUAACACAAAUGAAGUGUGUUGGAUUGUGCCCAGCAUUGUUUCUGGUCUAGAAAGGUUGCCUGCUAAACCUACCAUUUGCAGAAAGCCUGAACUAUCAUUUUUCCAGUACUAACUCCUGAGCAGUUGACCACAUGCAUGCUCAGUUUGGCAUUCAUUUGGCAGCACAGGUUCAUUGUAUCGAGGGUUCGAAAUUAGCAGGGCGCCAGGCGCAUUUUGCACCUAAAGUUUCUCCAUUUACGAGCACCUCAGAAAGUCUGGGUGCCAUUUUUUGCGUCUGGCUAACACUCAAGGAUUACUGAAAUUUAUGUGCUUUGAAGCUUCGAAGUAUAUGUCAAGGAUAGACAAUAUGUUAAGGAGCUUAACAGUAAUGAGUGGAGUGUUUUGAGAGCUGAAGUAUGGUACAAACAUUUUUACUGUAAACACCAAAUUAAAUAUGUAUUAACAAUUUCUGUUAAAAUGUAAUAUUAACCAUGUUUCUCUUAUGUGAAUUGCAUAUUAGUUCAUGCUUAUCAAAAUAACACUGGUUGUAUCCAAAUGGAAGGCUUGUGUAGACUGUACGUACUCUACCUGAAGUUGUGCAGGAGUACUUUUACUAUUUCCCCAGAAAGCCAAAGAUACUUGUGGAAUAGUCUUAUAAGUAUUUGGCCUUAAAUACAUGACACAGUGUAAUAUGUUGAUCAUCAGAGGCUGUAUUUGCCUAAUUUUAAGACCUGCUAAGGAACAGAUAAUUAUUAUUACACGGUAUGUCCUGAUAUGUAAAACCACAGAAUUCAAAGAGGGUGUACUUACUUUUUCCCAUGACUGUUAGGUGUUGAUGGCAUCUCAAUUGAAUAUUUUAUGUGGAAAGGUCGGGAAGCAAUUGAUUCUCUCCUUUUUCUUUUCUUUUUAAGGUAAAAAUUCAAGCACUUGCACAGAAAUAG